CUUCGUUUAACAUCUAUCUUGUCACCAGUGGCACGAGCUCGGAGAGAGCGGACAGGGAGCCCGCUGCUGCCACCUCAACAUGGAGUAGCGAGAGCCCCAGCGGUAACUGCUCAUCAGCGGAUCCCACAGAGAGGAAGACGCUCCGGCCUCUGCUCGAUUUAAGCGCCGAAGUCCCCGCAAAUGCUCCAGCUGCGGUUAUUUUUUGUUCACGCGAAGGAAAGCUCGGCUUUUAUUUGAAAGAUGGCGAACGACUCUCCAGCUAAAAGUCUGGUAGACAUAGACCUGGCUUCACUGCGGGUGAGUGCUGCCGAACCGAGCCUGUGCGUGUGUGUUUUUUGGUCGUUUUGCAGCCUGUUAUUCCAUAUUUCUCGAUGAAAAACAUGAUUUUUAGUGUGGCUAACAUCCUCAAGUUAAACCCGAUGGUCAGGGUGUCUUGGUGUAGCCGCUGAUCUGUUGAAAAUGACCGCUGAGCCGUAGCGAGGUGUUGCCAGUGUCUGGUUUUCCUUUGUUCGAGAUGCGUUUGGCAUGUAGGGGAGACCGGGGCGCAACAGCUGGCUCACCCUGGACUAUGUUGUUUAUACAAAAUAAUAUGAAACGCACUUGAUUGACUCUGAAUGUGUCUUUUUCUUUCAGGAUCCAGCUGGGAUAUUUGAAUUGGUGGAGGUAGUUGGAAAUGGCACCUAUGGACAAGUAUACAAGGUUGGUUGGAGGCGCAGUGCAUGGCCUGUCCUGUUUUCACAGUCUCUGCUCAGGAUAGCUAAUGUUUUUUUUCCUCCUCAUCAAGUCUAGAAACAAAGGAAUCCCCAUAAAAAAGACCUGUCUUUGCUUUUAAACCUCUCUACUUAAAAUUUUGUAGAAAGAUAGGAUGUAAAGGUGGAGUUUCUAAUCAUAGCGGCUUAUCUCUGGUGUUAUUGUUAAUUAUUCAGCUGGGAGGUGUGUGUUAAGAGUGAAUCAGACAGUCUACUGUCUGAUGCAUCACCUAUCUUACAUCACCUGCCUUACUGAAAAGCGGAUGAGGAGGCCAGGAUGGAGAAAUCUGUCACAGGACUAAUCCCGGUGGCCUCUAUCUGCAGCCCAGUCCUUCUCUCUCUGUUCUCAACAAAACCACAUUUUCUCUCGUGUAUAAAUCAAGACUUUUACACUUCAGUGGAUGGGAAUCCCACUCUCUAGGCCAUCUGCUGCUGGUGUCACAUUUCUUUGUAGAAAAUUAACAUUACGGCUGUUGAAAGACAUCGCCAAGGAGGGAGUGAAAGCUUGCAGUAGUGUAGGAGUCAGAGAUGUGGUUGAUGGAGGGAUCGGGCAGCCUAAUGUUGUAAUGCUCCGUUUUUUUUAAAGCUGCAGCGAGUCAUUACAGGCUUAUUUUGUUGCUUGCCUAAUGACAUAAACCACAAGCCAUAGUGAUUCUGAUGCUCCAGUCACAAGCAUUGUUGAAUAGUGUAGCUCUGUUUAAACCUUCUGUUAUGCAUGAACUAAUGAAACAUUAGCUAUAAUUUAAAAGAUUAUUUGUAAAUACAUCUUGGCGAAAGUUACAAAUGUACAUGGAGACAACGCUCUGCUGUCUUCGCCUGUCAUGGAGCAUCGUAGGCUGAUUCUGCUUUUGCUACUCAUCUGGAGCGCGUAUCAAAAGACGCUAGUCGAUCGCGCGUAUGAACGGCUCGUUAGCCAGCGAGCGCCAACUGCGGCAUUAACGUUCCGGAGUAGACGUGCUGCAAACAACAGACGGAUAAAGACGAGACGGCGACAGGCAUUAAUGACGUGUGUGAUGCGUUUCCUGUGAUUGGUGUGGAUGACGUUCACUCACUUGAUAGCGGUCCGAGAGCACCUCUUCAGGUGGACCAGAGUUCGUUUAUUUAGUCCGCACCAGAGUUCGAGGUCAGCGUUCACACCGACCCAAACGAACCGCACCAAGGGGGUAAACGCUCAAGGGUUCGAUUCAACCGGACUAAACGAGGGUGGUGUGAACGCGCCCUGAGAUUGUUUUCAUGACUGAAUCAUAUGAAGGUUACUGUCCUGUAAGCGAGGCAUCAGCUGUAAACCUCUGCCCAACAAGAAUGUAAAACGUUUGUUUGACUCAUAUGAGUGCUUCGUACUGUGCUAAGCCACAAGUUGACUCUAUUGUCCUGAUUGGAAGAAGUGGGCUUCAGCAUGGUGCGCAACCACGAGCAUGGAUACAUAACAUGGACAUGAUGUAUAAUACCAUACUUUCAACUGUUUAAGGUUGUGUGUUUACUCUAAACUUGGGAAGACAGGAGGUCUUUGAGAAAAUCUGCAUUUCUUUAUCGUGGUUGCCACAUGAUGAUAUAAAAUCAUGCCUCUGUUGUACAAGGAUAAGAUCAUGUAUGCAAAUGAGGUUACUGUGCUCAGGCAUGGUCGGGCUUGCGGCUAUGUGUGCGCAGACCAGUAGGGUUCUGGGAAGGAAGGACAGUUAAGUUCAUUGCUCUUCAUUACCAGUCUUCCAGCGUAGUAUAGUUGGUAUCAGUGUCGUUGACGUUGACGAAAAUAUUCCGUCAACGAAAACGACACUGCAGAAUGUAUGUUUAGCGUGUGACUGACGAAAUGCUCAUGAAUUUUGCAACUCUGUUCAUCGUCCACCACUAACAUCUAAUCUCGUCAACGUAAACGCAAUUUCGUCUCGUCACGUUUUAGUCAUCUAAGACUUAUGUUUAGCUCGUCAACAUCACGUCUUCGUCGUGGAAAAAAACAUAUCUUUAUCAUCGAAAACAACACUGGUUGGUUUUAGCCAAAAUCAAGUUGAAUAUGUCAACAAAUCAAUCGACAGAAAUUGGGUAGUGUUCGUAUAUUUAUCCAUUCUUGAUCCUUUAUUCUGGGCUGUACUCAAGGAGUUGAAGAUGCAGGUACAACCCUGAUAAUCGACCUCUUUUUCGAUGCCUUUGCUGCAGGAGAUCCAGCGUAAUACCCUCCCCUAUCCCACCCUGAUGCUGAGCAGGCGUCUAGUUAGUUAGCUUAGCACAAGCCUCUGAUAUGCUGUGAGAAACAUCACCAGCCAAAAGAACAUCCGUGUGCUUGUGAACUGAGCAGAGUAUUUAAUUCUGAGCCCACAGUGCUCCAGUGACCUGCAUUCAAUCCCCUAGUGUGAUGAACUUCAGGAUCCCCUCGCCCUGCGCAGAGCGACAACCCAUCCGUGUGCAUGUGCCACCUGAAAUCAGCCUCUGUGCGGCGCAGAUAGAAGCGGUCAUUAAAGAAGUGUGACGUUUGCGCGCUAUCUUCCAACCAGAUGGUUUUUAGCCCGGCGUAUGGGACAGAGAAUUACUGCUUCUCUCUGUUUUUUUUUGUCCCUUUUAAUCUCUCGCUCCAUUCACUGUCCAAUGCUAAUUCUAUUUGCGAGUGCUGCUGUGUGGGAAUGGUGCUUGUACCAGAGAGAGGCUGUCAGAUUAGACAGCAGUUGACACAAAGACACGGUCGUAACAGCCCGCGUGAGAUAAGCCAAACAGCGUAGGCAAAGUGGAAGCUUUGACUGCAAACUAACACUCCAGCUCGCCUCCUUUUCGAUCAGCCGUCGAUCAGUGCAUUGACUGUCAUGUUAAACAGUUGAACGAGCAUGUGGCCUGUGAGCAUGUGCAGUGGGAGGAGGUGGGUGGGGUGGGGGGGGUCAGCUGUAGAGGAGCAGCUGUCCAGUUCCAGACAGAACCUGCCCACCGCUCGCACAAAGCUGAGUUUGUCCCCUCUCUCUCUUUGGGUCUCUCCAGUCCGUCAGUCAGUUAAAAUCCACAGAAAGGAGGAGUUUGUCUGCAGGGUUUCAAACUCCAACUGACUGAAUAAUCACAACAGGCCCCCCAACUGAAACUGGGUGGAGUUUCUUCUCCCUUCUGAGGCCUUUUUUUCUGCUUUGUCAAGCACUCGGUCACAGAUUGCAAAGCCCUUUUUAGAUAACACAAUGUGACCAAGCUUCUUUAGUCUUUGAUUUGUGGUGACUUUUGAUUUCUUUGAGGCAUUUCCCAUCGGCUUGUUUUGUCAUUUCAGAGAAUGAAACACCUUCUUUAGAAAAAAAAGCAUCCAUAUUUACAAAAACAUGUUAGUUAUUUAAGUGAAGAGUUUGCUUCUGUUGACUUUUGUUACCAAUAAAGCUCUUCACAAAUGCCACUUUAAAGUCAAUAUCUAUAAACUUUGAGGGUGAUUCUUUCUCUUUAAGUCUUUAAUUUUUAAAGUCUGCCCCUUAAAAUCCUUCAAAAUUUGUGUUUUGGAGCAAAAUCCUCUUUUUUUUAACCGGAAACAGCCUUAGCAGUGCUCCUUUUGAAAGCCGUGAAACCUCUGCCAAAACCAGAGCUUUCUCUCAUUAUUUUGUUUACUCAUCUGUAAUGGUCUUUUUCUUGUCUAUUUCUGCUGUUUAAAUGUUUCUCAUAAUUCGCACAAAGAGGGGACAUUGAUGCAAACGAUCUGUCAAGCAAGGAGGUUCAAUUUCUGAUGCAUGGUCAGGACCAUGGAUGUACUAAAUUCCAGUUUCAAAGCUGAUAUGGGCAUUUUUUAUUGACUGUCUACUGUCAUAAACUGAGCACAAUUUGCAGCAGAAUAUGAUUGAGCAAGUAGCACUUCUAUGGCUGCAAAAAGAAGCAAACACGUGCAAGUGUUUUAUCUUUGAAAAGCAAAAAAUCAGUAUUUAAAAUCGAUAUUUCAAGGCCAAACUAGCAGAUCAGGACAUUCCCAUAAUCUUAUAUGAUGGUUUGGUUUGGACCAAGUUUUGCACUGUUUCAAUCUGCAGUCAUCUUUUAACCGGAUUAAGCCCUAUCAUAACUGUCCGAAGAUCAGAUCCCACUAAAACCCAUUCAUAUGUCUCUGCUGUGUCGCACAACUUGCAGCUUAACACAGAGGACAAAAGCUCUUCUCUGAGACCCGAAAUGCCAUGUCAAGUUCCUCUGUCUGUGCUGCACCGCUGGCUCUGGGGCUGCUCUGCCCCUGGAGGACGGCCAGAUUACCGUGGAACUUCUGCAAACACAGUGCGGCAGAUUUUUGAAUGAUGGCCAUGAUAGAAAUGACAUCAUAGCCCGAUCCCUGACUGUUGCGCUGGUGUACUUACUGAGUAGAAACGAGCCUGGAUCCAUGUGUCGAUCUAAAACAUGUCUAUGUUAUCCACAUAUAGGUGUCUCAUUCAUGAUUUCAGAGUAGGCCAUGAAGAGGAACGUGUAACAGUGUUUUUAAUAACAUCUUAUGUUACUCACUGUUCUAAAGGUGUAUUUUUGUGCCUUCAUAAAGAGGACAGGACAAGGAUAAGAGGGGAGGAGAUGACAUGAGGCUGGGAGUUGGAGUCAGGGCUGCUUCGAGGUUCUGCACAUGGGGUGUGUGAUUCAACCACUGAACUGGAUCAAAUCUUUAUAAGCAGUAGCUGCAAGAGCGCUCACCUUUUGUCCUCAACAUUGUGUCAUUGUUUUUUAUAACAAGUAUGAAAUGUAGUUCACAUAAAUAAGCCCAGAGUUGUGCUAGAACCAUAGACUGUAUAUCCACCUUCCGUCAUUAUAUGGAUUUGAUGCCGAAAAGCUCUCAGUAUUUUCAUUGCGUAGUAGCAUUGUAAGCAUUAGGCGGGAGAGUUGCUGUGAUGACGCUCGGCUCAAACAGUGUAUACCCUGCAUGAGAAACGCAAUCUUCGUACACCAAUAGGCUGUAUCAAUUGUCAGUCAUAGAAAACAUGAACCCUGUUACAACCCAGCUCGGAAAGGGAAAGGACGUAACAUAAACUCUGGUUUAGUUGUUCUAAAAAAUGGAUGUUUAAUUGGAAAAUAAAUAAGGAAGUGCUGUUUCAACAUAAGGUUGAGGCGAAAAAAAAACAGAGGAAUAAGGAUUAGUGCUUAAAAAAAACAAACAAAUGCAAUGAAAGCGACUCUAAACUAGAGUGAGGAACCAAAAUCACUGAAUCAAAUUAACUCAACUAACAGUUUAAACAAUCGAAGGGUGAGCAGCACCCUAAUCCUUUACAAAGACUAUUAAAAAAUAAAAUACAAUGUCGUCUCCACAACAGUUAACACACACAUGGAUCUCCCCAACAAAAUGUCAAAAUGCAGCCUCUUCACGAGUCAACUCCCCUCCGAAGGGACACAGCUGCAGUUGUAACCAACCCCCUAAUAACUUUUAAAAAUGGAGCUGCACAGAAAAAAGAGAACUUGAGCACAAACCAGUCCUACGCUAAUUACAUGUCAACAUCCCAACCAAGGGGGAGAAAAAUUCAUAUUCUGUGUAAUUAAUUUUUAAAGUCUGCCACAGCUCCAUAGAGAUUGCUGGAGGAGGCGGGGUUUAUGACCUAUACUGCAGCCUGUCACCAGAGGGUGCUGUUGUUACGAUGGCUUUACCCAGCGAGGAGGCAGAUGGCGUCCAUUCUAUAUACAGUCUAUGGCUAGAAUAAGCAGAGGAUAAGUGUUUACGCAUUAGUAUCCUUGUUGUUGUAAAGUUGUCAACCUUCAGAGUCGGACUGUCUUCGCCAGUAACUGCAGUUCCCAGGGAGGCCACUAGGGGCUGGCUCCAAAGAGUGAACAUCUCAGGCGCGUUUGUGGUGUUGGAUUUUUUAAGACACAUUUUUACGCAAAAUUAUAAAAUUUACAAAAUUUACACAAAAUUAAUUAUAAAUUGUGCAAUCACAUUGUUAUGGAAAAGCUUUUCUCAACUCGUUAAUUAGCAAUUGGAUUAGACUCUCCAAUUUUUAAAAUUAAGCGUUCACCUACAGCACCAUCCCGUCUCCAGCCUUCAGUCAAAACACAUCCUCUUUUCGCCCUAAAAAAAACAAGAUUAUGAUUGUGCACAAGUCAAGGCUCAGUUGCAUAACGUUGUAUGUGUGUGUUUGUAGCGCACAGUUUGCCUUCAUCCAUUAGUUAUUCAGAAUAAUGCAUUUACACCCAUGCUCUGUGAAAGCACAGCUCUUAAAAGUGUACGAGGAGUUUCUCUCUCCUUCCUUCUCUUAUCAGUUGGCGCUGAACCAGCAGGAUCAGCGCGCUAUCUCAGGUGCCUCGCUCUGGAUAGAGGAGCAUAAUGAGUAAUGAUAACACAGAGGAAGACAUAAUUCCUUAAAUUGCGCAUGGUAUGCUGGGAAGAUUCCCUGCUGCUGCACAGAGAGGCCAUAUAUAGUCAGGCCCUGAGGCAGCAAAGCCUCUGCUGACCUGCCUCCUACCCUGCCAUGCAUCUAUGAGGAGUGCCUCAGCUGUACCCACCAGUAUUUUCUUACCGUCAUGUGCGUGCAAUCUAUGCUAAAUUAACUGGGGGUUUUAUUUGGUGCAGUGCCAGGACUCAAUGACAAACACAAGCAAAGUCAUGUGGCUGAGGCAUAAAGCAGCAAGCUCAGUUUUUUAGUGUGGACAUCUUUCCCCUCCUCUCUUUGUUUUCUCAGCUACCUGUAGAGACGGCCUCGCCCCUGCCCCCCGGCCUAGAAACUCUCGGUGCGUAAGCUCCUCCUGACAGACAUGAGGAGUGGGAGAAAAGGCCACAGAGGGAGCGAAAUCCUCAGUGCAAUCUGUUAAAUGCCCAUCAGUGGCAUAUGGUGCCAGACCAGACUGGUGCUCACCUCCAGGCAGUGGCUCCUGGUGAUUCGAGCAGCUUAAGGAGAUGGUGGGAGAUGACUAAUUCUGCUUUAUAUUAUGAUAGACAAAUAAGUUACAUAACUAUCUUUAGCUGCCUUAAUAAAGUUUGGCGGUUGAUUUCGCAACAGUGGUUGUUUUUACAACAACGAGGCAAGAAAUUAAAAACUAGUUUCCCGGUUUUCAGCUUUAAAAAAUCAUAACUGUCAACUCAGGUCACGGUAAAGAGUUCUUCUACAAGCAGAUCUGUUUAAAAGAUGCCACUACUCGGGUUUUGUGGCUUUAGAAACUUUGUCUGCUUGUUUAGUGAAUGGCUCUUGUUGUCAAGGACUCUGUGGUGAAGGUCCUGAGAGCUGAUUGGCCGAGUGGCUCUUAGGUCAGAGUCUGCGGGUGCUGAAUGUGUCACCCACGCUGCAAACAGGGGCCAGAAUCCCACACCGUGUCACACUCGCUCUCGAUUUCUUUUCACACUCACAGGCGAGCAAGUAUGUUGGUAUGUGUUCUUUUUUAAAAACCGCCGAAGAGGCGACGUUAAAUGAGGGAAAAUCAGACCUUACACUUCUGCGUCCUCCCAGUUAGCGUCUCUUUUGUCCGCAUCUCCCCCCUCAGCAGUGACCCUCUCCCUAAUGGGUGUCACAAGACCUGCUACGUCCCCUGACUGGCCUGAACAAAACUCUCUGUGUCUGCCCGUCCUCAUUUGUGUGUGUGUGUGGAGCUCAUCGAGCCACCUCAUUAUCCAAGUGGUGUUGAGAUGAGACACAAAGGCGCUGGCAGACGAGACAGUCUCUCUCCUGUCUUUCUUCACGGCCUCCACUUGACAGCGCUUUUCUCUUGAAGAUCCCGCUUUCCGAAGAAAUGUCGUAUUUAAAUGUUUGAAUAUGUUUGGGGGGGAAAAAAGGACGCUCUUGUGUUACAGGACAUCUGGUCCAAAUCUAGGAUGGGGUCCCCUUCAGAGGAAAGACCAACUUAACUUUAAAGCUGCCCCAGAAAAGUUGAUAAUUGAAAUCAUCAGUCAAAAAGAUCAGAGUCAGCUUCUGACUUUUAGCUGUUUCAUAAUCGUGCACAGAGCAAUGCAGGAACAACAACAACUCAGAGCUCAUCUUUUACUAAGUUAUUCAUGUGGUCGUAGACUGAAAAUGUCAUUUUACAAAAUAAAGAUUAAUUUACUAGGCUUGAGAGAAAAAUCAAUACAGCUUAGUAUCGCGAUAUUUUGUCUGGUGAUAUAUCGUAUCAUCUCACUUACCAAGUAUUGAUUUUUUUUCGAUUAAUCGUUAAAAUGAAAUCAAAUCUAUGAUAAUGACAAAAUAAUCAACAGUUUGUCCAAAUAUAACAACAAAUAUAUAUUAGGUUUGUAAGAUGUGCUACAUGAAAAUAAAGUACAGCGUAAAUACGACAAACACAAAGGAAAGACGAAUGCUAAUUUAGCUAAACAGUUGAAAAAUCGAUAAAUCGCAAUAUAUUGUAUCGCAAUACUCGCUGUAUUGCAGAAUGUUAAAAAUCGCACUAAUAUUGUAUCCUGGCCUAAGUAUUGUGACAAUAUUUUAUCGUGGAGCCACUGGUUAUAAUUUACAUACAGUCAUUUUAUGUUCUCUGUGUUGUCCCGCCCCUUUACCUGGAUGUGCCUGCUUUGUUUACAGCAUUAUUCUCCAGUAGUUCAUCUUAUAAAGUCAUUUAAAUAACUGGACUCAGGAAUCAAAAUGUUUCAUCCAUGGUUUCAUUAUGUCAGCAGUUGCUAUGUCAGAUCACAGGUGUGUGUGUUAGUAAAGCAGAGGGACAGAGUGAGCUCAGAGAGGGAAGCUACACUUUGACGAGUGAUAAAAUUGAAGCUCAUGUAGUUAAUUCAUUACCUCGAUAAUGUUCAGCUGUAUUAUCAUCUACUAAGUCAAGUCCAUAUGUGUUAAUAAUUUUAAACUCAUAUUGGCCAAUACGAAUAUCAAUACCCACACAAAUACUUUCUUUAUAGUGAAGGGGAAGAGGGCGAACACAAAAACAGACUUUGAUUUUAUCAUAAAUGACAAAUGUAAUUCUUUCAAAUCUAGAGGUAAAAUUAACUCAUCUACCAUCUGCUUUCAAGACACUUUUACAGAAGCUGUCAACUUGUGCAAACAACUGAUGCAUCACCUUUUUGGAAGACAAUAAUAACUGCGGAAAUGUUUAUAUCUGCAAAUAUGAUGAUUAGCUUUAAAGCUAUGAUCUGCUAGUACUGAUAGUUGGCCAUUAUAUUGUGUAUCCCUCAUCGGCACCGAUUGAUCGCACAUUUUCUGUUGCUUUGAAGCUCUAAACCACUAACCUUUAGUUGACCUUUUUGCAUCAACUUCCUCAUCUUUUGAAGAUGAUGCAGACUUGCUCUGUACAGUCAUCCUUGUUUCCUCUGUGUCACCCACUUUCUGACCAGCUUUACUGGAAAAAACAGGCAUGUGCUUAAAAGGUGCAAGCUUCAAACUUGGGAUUUUAUUCUUACGAAGCUGAAUUUAAAAGGAGGAAUUUUCAGUCCUCAGGAAAUACUCCAGCAUGCAUCUUUGAUCCCUUGCAGCAGCCAGCACUGCACUGGGAUCAAUAACUGCACAGUCACUCCUCCGGCUUCCAGUGAAAGACUCUGAUUCAGCUUUUUCCCCGUGCUGGCUCUCCCAUUCACUCGAUCUUUUCGCCCUCAUUGCAUCGUCAUCCAUCCAGUCCAGUCCAGUCCAGUCAAGUCUUAUCACAGUCCCUCUCCUCCAACCUCCAUUUCUCCUCCUUUUUCCUUCAUCUUUGCCACUGCUAUCCUUUCCUCUCACGGGGAGCGGAGGAGUGGAAGAAGCAGGGCAGAGGCUGCGUGUGUGAGAAUUGGGUCAGUGUGCUUGUAUGCAGCAGAGAUGGUGGAGAGCCCAGGGAGGCAAGAGCGAGGCCCAGCCCUGGAUGUCAUGUACUGCCUCAUACUGCUGAUUGAUUCUCUCUCCUCCCAGCAUCCAUCUGAAGUGUGUUAGGAAAGCCGAGUUGAAGUUAAGACCUCUCAUGUCGCUUCCACAGGUAGAUGGAGGUUCUGACCUGCCUGUUUAUCACCUUCUGCCCACCCCCCACUUUAACUCCCCCAGUUCAAAUGUCACCUCAGAUCUUCACGUGACCCUCCGCGGGGGGUCAUCCAUCCCUCAUUACUGCUGCUCCACCAGCUAACACCUCACCACAAACACACGCUCUCAGUAGUGACCUUUUUGAAGAAGCAGACCACGGCACCCAGCUGCUCCCCCCUCUUCCUCCCUCACUGUGUGAACUAAUAAUAUGAAACCACGUUUGUUUUGCACCUACAUGGCUGGUUAGUUUCAGAGUCUUGUUGGUGGAAAACAGCGCGCUGGAGUCCUGCCAGCGUUUUGAAAUGGUUGCCAAGUGUGAUGGAUCUUACGUUAAUGUGAGAGAGGUAGGGAGGGAGAGGUUCUGGUCAAUUAGGCUGCAGUGGAGGCGAGCUUUGUGGAGAAGUGUAUGGGAAACAGCACUCCCACUUUUUCCACACAGACCACUAACGAUGCUGCAGAGCAUUACUGUUCCUGCUAAGUGAGAAUCCACCCUAAAAGACAUAUUACUGGUUUCCCAACAGUACACUUUAACUCCUUGACACUUGGGUCGCAGAAAGGAUUCCUGUUGGUUAAUCGGGGCUGUAAUUCUCCGAUAUUUUGAUGUUUGAAAAGACUGAAAAAGAUUCAAGAUUAAGAAACAUACGGAAGAGGAUUAGGCCCACUGGAAAAGAAAAAAAAAAGAGGUCCAAUUUAAUUUUUAAAAAAUAUUAUUUUAAGAUUUAAGUCAGAAUUCUGAGAUUAAAGUCAGAAUUCUAAGUUAAAACUCAGAAUUUUGGACUUUUUUUCCUCAAAAUAAAAAAGAAAUAUAGAUAUUUUUUGUGCAGUGGCGCUUGUCUUCUUCCGUAGAUAUGUGCUUCAAACUUGGAGGAUAUUUUUUGUUUACUGAGAAGCUUUGACUUUUUUUUUUUUUUUUUUUUUUUUAUUCCAGCAGAAAUUGAUGUUAUUGUCAGAAAAAAAAUAUAUAUAUAUAUAUAUACACACAUAUAUAUAUAUAUAUAUAUAUAUAUAUAUAUAUAUAUAUAUAUACAUUAUAUACAUAUAUAUAUAUUACUUUUUUUUUGGUGACAUAAACCUCUCUUCUCAAAGCCCUCAGACAAUGCAGAGGGCAUGACAGUUUUGAUCUACCUAAAGCUUAAACAGUACCUUCAAUGUUUUGUUGAGUGACAAAGUACAAUAUAAGAGACAAAAAAAGAAACAAACAAACAAGGCAACAAUGGUCUAGCACAGUGGUCCUCAAGUCCAGUCCUCGAGGCCCACUGUCCUGCAUGUUUUGGAUGUUUACCUCCUCCAGCACACCUGAUUCAAAUGAUCAGCUCGUUAUCAAGCUCUGUAAUGGCUUAAUAACGAGCUGAUCAUUUGAAUCAGGUGUGUUGGAGCAGGGAAACAUCCAAAACAUCCGGGACAGUGGGCCUUGAGGACUGGAUUGAGAACCACUGCUCUAGCAUUUCCAUGGUCUUAAGCUAACUUUUCUUAGUUUAAUUAGAGUAACAGAUUGCUUUUCCAAGAAUAAAGCUAGAUAUAAAAGUCCCUCUCAUAAUGCAUCGGCAGGUGCUUUAAAAUCAAUCUGCACCUGUCAGUACUUUGCACUUAGUUUGAUGGGGUGCAAUUGCUCUAAAAGUUGUUGCAGCCCUUGCAUUAUACCUUGUGGAACAUACUUGUGCCAAAAGCUGACAAACUGUGACUCCAAAUUUUUGAAAAAAAUUUGUUUUAAAAAUGGCAGAAUUACCCUUUAAUGCAUGCUUUUGCAUUGUACGUGGGGAAACUCCAAAUCCUUUUGCUUGUUUUAUUCAACAGUCUCUCUUAUCAAGUUCCCGGCGAUGAGUGAGAUUUCUCCUCCACAGCGUCGUUCAUUGAGCCCUCCUGAAACAGUGUUUUGUGUUUUUCGGGUAGAUUUUAACUACGCGUCUCUGCUCUCAAGGCAGUAAGUCAGUCAGUGGUUUAGUGCCGAGCUGGAGGGAGGCCAGCAGCACAUCUGGCCGCGCUUAAGAGGAGCUGUGACGGGAGGAGAGGAGCCGGGCCAGGGAGGACUGAGUGAUCGCUCAAUGCCUCAGAUAACCCCUCCAAAGACACACCCAGCUGCCUGCUGCGAGUGGCACAGUCCCCCGCAUGACAAGCCCUCGUCUUCAUGACCAGUUGAUUAUCGAUUAGUCAAGCAUGUGCUGGUUUAAUUCUUCACAGCUUUGCAUUAGAUUCUUCAAGGUUUUAAGAAAUGCCUCUGACAAUUUCAGACUUAACUUGUCACCACUGGACAUUAUUUGUGUUUUAAGAUAAAUGCUGCAUUUAGUUUAAUGAUUGUUUUGUUAUUUGGAUCAAAAAACCCUUUAAAUACAUUUUUGCAGCCUGUUCUGACACAUGAUGUGUCUCUUAAUGGUUUGUAGCAUAUAAUUGAGAUGGCCAGUGCUGUAUGUUGGAUGUAAUCAUUAAAUGCUGCAAACUGUAAUGCAUCCUCAGGCAAGGGAUGAAUUAUAAAUGAUCUUAAAGAGCAUAAGUUAUGUUGGAGAGAUCUAGAAAUUAUUUAAUUGGGAUGUAGCUGGUAGAAAAUACUUAAAGAGCAGCAUCAAAAACAGCAUUCAUGAUGAUUAAAGCUUAUCAAGAUACAACUGCUGUCAUUAAAGUCAGCAACAAUUAUUUGACAUGUCAUCAGCAAUCAGAGUUUUUGUAUUCAAAAGGUCUAAAAAUGAUGAAUAAACAAAAAAAAAACAAAAAAGCCUGUGAUUUACAGAAGAACAAAACAUGGAAUUGAACAAAAUGGCAAACACAAAGUUUUUCCAAAGCAAAAAAAAAAAACCAAAAACAAACAAAAAACAACAAACCUCUAUAAAAAUAAAAACAUUGUGAAACAAAAACAAAUAUUUUACAAAAUAAACAAAUAUUUUCUUAAACUUCAACAGCAUUAAUAUAUCAAAAUAUUGCAUAAAUGCAAAAUACAUGUCAGGAAAUUAAAAAUUUUUUUUAAAUAUAAAAAAUUCCAAAAACAUAAAAAUAAUUUAAAAAAAUAUUUUAUUUUUUUUUGUGAGAUAUUUCCUCCAUUUUAUUAACUAAAUACAUUUUUUUAAACUAUUUUUGUGUUUAGUUUGUGUUUUUUUUGUCUUCAUAGAAAUAUUGUUUUGCAGAGAUUAAGUAUUUGUGAUGAGAGUAUUUGUGACCUUUAGGGCCACCGUACUUGUCUUCAUUUCUAACCUUGUUUUUUAAGAAUCAAAACUGAACUUUCCCUGUUAGAGAAUAAACCCUUGAGAAAUUGGCUGAAACCGAUGUUGAUAAAUGGUUUUGUUGUUUUCCUUUCUUUAGAAUCGUAAUAAUCUCGUAUUCAAAAGAUCUUCAGGGCAGAUUUGGCAGCAGUUUGACUCCAAAGUCAAACUUGAGUGUUUUUCUUGUUUCAAAGAGAAACGAUGGAUGACCUCAGGGAAUAAAAACAAGUCAGGCAUCUUAUUACUCAUAUGCUAAUGUUGCAUAACCCAGUCGUUUUGUGGUAUCAAAAUGCAAUAAUGAUGUGGUCUCGAUAACCCUCUCUCCACCCAGAAACUGAAACACAUUCUGGUUUGUGCUGCGGGCUAAUCGUAGAGGAAUCAUAGUAAAAAAUAACACUCUGCUGCACAAUCACUUCCUCACCUACAGAUAAUAACUUAAGUAUUUGUGACUCUAACAGGUUUGUGCACAUAUUUUUGAUCCAUCUACAGAGGAAUUAGCCUCAAAAUUAACAGCUUCAAGUGGCCAUAAAAAGAGAUCAUGGAAGGAACAACAGUGAGUUGUGAACAGACGUCAAAUACUGCAGUGUUUACACCUGGUGUUGACUUACUCUAACACUGAUAUCCAUCAUAAGAGAAAAGUUGUAGCAGUGAGUCAGUGUUGAUUCCCCUGUUUAGGGUUUGUAGCAACAAAAUUGUGGUGAUUCAUGCAGCUGAAGUAUGUUUACAUUAUCCAGUUUGGCUUUUAAUGAUGACGUUCCACAGCAGAAAGCUUAAGAAGGUGAAAAGCAGCAGUUGUGAUAAAGGUGUGUAUCAAAUCCCCUCAACCAGUACAGAAUGAUCGACCGUGAUAAUCUCUGAAUUUAUCAUGCAUCCCUACAAGAAAGAAAAUUAUGUCAUCUCGUCAACUACGAGUUACUGGCUAAUAUGCAAGAUUUAGUUUGGCUGCAGCAGCGAGACACUUGAAAGUGUUUAAACCACCAGUGUGAGCUGAAGUGUUUCAUUUGUCAGAGGAAGAAGCUGUAAAGCAAGACUGCGCAACUUUGGCUUAAGAAAUGUCACACUAAAUCAACUCUGAAUGAAAUAACAGUAGUACAAAUAGCUGUUUCUCCCAAAUUAAUCUAUAGUCCCAAAUUUCCUGACCCUGGUAGAGGACUUACACUAUCUAACUAUAAAAAGGGACACUCUUAGUUUGACACAACAGCAGACUGACUGUUUUUCAGUUCUGAUUAGAUUCUAGUGUUGAGAUGUCUGUCUGUCAUGAUAGCAUGUACUGAGUCAGGGCCAGUACCAGAUAAGCACAUUAAACUAUAAUCCAUAAACGUAAGGUAACAACCGAGACCUAAUGGUGCUGUGACAGCAACACGAUUGAGUUUGAGACAGUGAAAAUACAUAUGGUAUGUUGUAUCUGAACAGGUUAGCUUACGAGCUAAAGUUACUUAGCACAGAUGAAAGUUAUAACAAAGACGUUUAGCAAACUGUUAAAGCACACAAACCAUCGUCAUAUGUGAGAUCCGACACAAUGACUCUCCACAAGUUGUCCUUUAGGUUGUUAUCUUUGUAAUAUUUGUGUUUUUUAUCAAAAAUCACUCUGUUCUCCGACACGUAAACAAUCAGCCGGUCAGCCAUAUUGGAUAUACCGGUGAAUCUGACGUCGCAACAACACAAAAUCUGAUUGGUCAGAAGUGGACACAUAGUAUGCAAAGCUUCAGAAAAUUCGAUGCCAUGUCUCAUUCCUAGUCCAGGGUUUCUGCUGGGUCUAAAAAAGUCUUAAAAUGUCUAAAAUCCAAUAAUUUGAAUUUAAGGCCUUGAAAUGUCUAAAAUUCUCUUAAAACUUAUAAAAACAGAUCAAUUGAAGUUAGUUAAAAAAUGUCCUGAUUUCCCUUCAUGUCUCUUGUACUUUUUUGCCAGUAUGGAUGUAAAAUGGAUCUUAAAUUGUCUUCAUUAUGGUCUAAAAAAAGUCUUAUAUUUGACUUGUCAAAACCUGCAUAAAUUCACACAUGUAUUCUCGCAAAACAACAUCUUACGCAUAUUCUUUAAGGAUUCCUUCGACUGCUAGAUUUAUUUUUAUGACUCUGAUGAUAAUAGCUGCUGAGAUACGACCACUUUCUGAUGAAGGACAAUCUGAAGCGCACAAAUGGUGUGCUGUAAAUCGUAGGGGGUGAGGUUGACAGUUGACUUCCUCUUCGUAACAUCUGUGACCAGUGAACCCAGCAAAGCAGGGCCGCGUCAGCCGUCAGCGCUAGCAGCUAGCACACGGGGAGCUGCCAGCCCUAAUGUCAGCUCCAGUGUUGUUUUUGUGUUGGCAACCCCUGGGAUCAAAGUGGGGAGGAUUAAAGGCAUUGUAAAGUGUCCCUCUCACCCCCCCCUCCCUCCCGCUCAGUGAAAAAAGAGAGGGCCCCUAAGCCUGGAUGGCUUUUAUUGUCAUAAUCCAUACAGUUUCAAUUGACUAUGGAAUGCACUGGCUGAGAUGAUGGUGCUUGUGUUGGGGAGGGGGGUGUUUAUAUGUGUGUCUGACUGUGCAUUUAUGUGUGUCGUCCCUCUGCGGCCAUGCAGGAAGUCUGUACAGUGUAUUGAUGUCCCUGACACAGUUGCUGCAGUGACCGGUGCGGACACAGCAGCAUUAACAGCAACGGCGUUAUCACUGCAGUGUUGUCCCAAAGAGUCAGGAGGGAAAUACCCACACUCACUCCCAGAAAUGUCCCGUGGUUUAUCUCCUCUCAGGGUGGGAGAGGGGGGUAGUGGGGUUGAGUGAGUGAGGGAGGGGCAGAAGAGAGGCCUCUAUUUCGGUCUUUUGUUUAUGUAAGGAGUGGCAGGAGGGUGUUAGGAGAGCAAAGGAGUCUGGGAAUGUUGGGGCAUUAUAGCUUGGGAAUCAUAUGCUCAUCUGUGGUAUGUACUGCAUAUAGUCGGUUUACUUAUAGCGUGGGAUACAUCUGGCAGUAAUACGAAGCUGGUAACAAUAAACAGGUGAUCGCAGUGACUGAUCACCCUGGGAAAUUUGAGAUGUAAAUAAUAGAUGAAACUAACAACGCCUAACUUAGAUUUUUUUUCUUUUUUUUUGCAUGAGUAAAAUCUUCUUAGAGUUCAUCAGUUAUAUAAACACUUUACAAACUUCACAAAGUCAGAGAGUGUACACCAUGAUAUCACCAAAUAGUUUGUGUUGUAGUUUCUGUCCAAAAGUCCAAACCCAGUGCAGAAAAAUUAGGGCCCGACCGAUAUGGAUUUUUUUGGGGCCAAUGCCAAUACCCAUUAUUAGGUGGGGGAUCCAAUUACUGAUUAAUUGGCCAAUUUUUUUUUUGAAGUUUUAAAAUUUUGUUAAUUCAAGUAAUAUAUCUACAUAUUUAAGAAAUGCUUUUGAGCCUUUCAAACACUUCUUCAAAGAAUUAAAGGCAGACAACUCAUUUCAAAUCCUUUUUAUUGCUAAAACAACUGAAAAACAAUGAGGUAUUUUGUGUCAAGUGCAAACAGUUAAGUUAACUUCCAACUCUGACGAUCAAGGUGAAGUGGUACCACACCUUGCUAUGUCUGCUUUUUCUUUUUUUUUUUUUUUUUUUGACAUCUUUAAAACAACAACAAAAAGAAAAAAAUGAGAGAACAGCAAGAAUACAUAAAAUCUGUGUAGUUAUAUAUGGGCCAUUUUCAAACUCAUAGCCUACAUUAAGCGUUUUUCUUUAUGGUGGCCCUGAGGGUCAACCGCACAACCCUAAUCCAACAACAUUUGCUAAAUACACAAAUAUCUCAUCAAUUCAUAUCACUCAGCUGUAGGCAGGUUUGAAUAAAACCUAGUCUGCCACAUCAUGGACUUAAACUCACCUUACUUUAUUUUUGACAUUGAUAUGUUUUGCUUAUUGUCUAUAUUUGCUUUGAAAAACAUAAAUGAUAGCUUGUAUGAUGCUUGUCCUGACCAAAUUUAUAUUAAAUAUUAAAACUACUAUUAAAACAAAGAAUGUAUGGCAAGAAAAACCACCAAAGAAAACCACUUCAGAGUUUAAAAAAAGUUAAAAUUAACAAGUUAAAAAAUGUUGGAAAUAUGUGCAGAGGUCGUGUUGAUGGUACAUUAUCAAUCUUUCAAAGCUCUGGAAAGUGUUUUUAUGUGCCCUACUAACAGAAACUCUGACACAUGACCUUCCUGAGUUCAUAAAUCAUCACUCAUGUCGACAAUAAAGACAGAUAAGAGUACAAUAAGCUUUGUUUGAAUGAAUGCUCAUCUCUGCUUUCUCUUCUUUCCACAGGGACGUCAUGUCAAGACUGGACAGCUGGCUGCCAUCAAAGUCAUGGACGUCACAGAGGUGAGAAGGAAAGAUCAUGUUGUUUCAAGCUGCAAAGAAACACCAUAACAACAGUUACGUUUUAUGCCAAGUUCAGAGUUUUUUAUGGAGGUUUGCAUAUUUGUAAUAUCAGGUAUUGAUUAAAAGUUUUCAUGCGACUUGUAAACAUGACGUUUCCCUCAGUUCUCCCUCUUUUUUUUUAAUAGUUAUCCUUAUCAGAACCUCUCACUUGGACGCAUUUGCUGUUGUCUGGUUAAUAUUAAAAUUAACAGACAUUCCAGCAGAUCUGACGUCUGGAUAUUUUCAUGCUGUAGCAAAGAGGGGACAUGCCAGUAGCCCCCCCCCCCCCCCCCCUCCUUCAGUAACAAACAGCAGGGGACGGGUCGAGGCAACAGGAUUCUUAUUGAGUGAAGUGCGUCAUUCAGCGGCCAACGAGCCGCCCAGCUGUGAGGGGUCCAGUCUGCAGAUGCAGGAAUGCACACAAUCACACAUCAACAUACGCAGAAACACAAAACAGAAGGGUUGCAGAGUCGCAGUGAAGCCAGACACCCACACAGGACAUAGCAGUGAGUGUAUAGUCAUGUUGUUUGUACAUGCACCAGUCAUGCAGAAAGAACAGAGAAGCCUACAGUCAUCUGCUUUAUUUCCUCAUACAGUGCUGCCCUUAAAACACACAUUUCAAAUAUACCUUUACAUACAUACACCUGCGUGGACGAGGUUCCUCCUGACUCAGCAGCAGGUAGACUGUCUGCCCCGACUUGCUGGCAGCCACUCCUCACAUGAGCCGUCGUCAUGAUGAGUCAGAGUGACACACUCACCUGGUUUGUUUGAAUGUGUAACCUGCGUGAAGAACAUUGCCAAAUCGUUUCCUGUGCUGCGACAGGACGAUACUGUAGGUGGGCUUUCUAGACAUGUAGGAACUCAUUGACAGCGGCGCUACCGGUGAAUGAAAGUUCACUAUGAGGAAAACACUGGCGUUAAACCUGUUUGCCAAAUGUUGUGAAACCCAGUGCUUGUCUUUACUCUUAUUUUAGAGAGAAAGAAUCUAUGAUGUAUUGUUUAAUAUGAGGAUUUAAAGGUGUAAAUAGAUGAAGAACAGCCUCCAUGCUCCUUCAGGAUACUGCUCCCAAAUGUCAGUUUUCCUUGAAGUGGACAUUUGAAACAGCUAGACUGUGUUUGUGACCCGAUUUAACUCUGACUAAUAUUGGGUGUGUGUACCUGAGACUUACCUGUGUUGUUGUAAAUGACCCAGACAGACUUUUAUUACCCACAGUCAAUAAAUGCGUCAUCUUGUUUGUGUCUAACUUGAACUUUAUAGAGCGUACUCGCUGACUGGCAGCGUAACUCAGCUUUCAGAACAAUGGAAAUCAAAAAGUAGAGCAACGCAGGAGUAACACUGAGGCGUGAAAACUGGGUCCCAAAUUGACCCCUCGGUACUCAGAAUUCAGAAUUUAGUUUGGACCUGAUUAGACAGGCGGUAUUAUUACAGAGAAGUGCUGGGCGAUAUGGCCUCAAAUCAAUAUCACAGUAUAUUGAGUAGGACCCGACCGAUAUGGAUUUUUUUGGGCUGAUGCCGAUACAGAUUAUUAGGGGGGAAAAAAAUCUGAUUACCGAUUAAUCGGCGGAUUUUCACCAUUUUUAUGAAGUUAUAAAAAUGUAUAUAUACUGUAGAUAUCUACAGUUUACUAUAUACUGUAGAUAUACUGUAGGGUACUGCUCUUCACGCCGACGAGAAGACCGACUGAUCAAACUGAAAAGUGUUUUCACGCCCCUCCCCGCCAAUCGGUGCCUCCACGUCUUAACUCAAGUUACUCAUGUCUGGUCUGGUCUCAUCUGGAGACUUGCAGCUGCCUCAGUAAGAGAAGAAGCUCGAUCACAUAAUGUGUACUGUUGUUUAUUCUACCGUUACUGACACGGUUAACAGUGUAGCAAGGCUAAUAGCAGAUGGCUAACUCUAACUUUAGCUUGCAUAUUACAAGGUGCUUCACCGUUAACUUGGCGUGACAGAGACCAGCACAGCGGGGAACAUCGUGAAGUGGGUUGAACUGAAACUUGUUGACUUAUUGUGUAUUUCACAAACUGGUUUCUCUACCGUUGAGGCGGACCACUCUCCUCCGUGCGUCCCCGAGCUGCCUGCCUCAGAUCCGUCACUCUGCUUUGCUGUGAGGUAGCUAGUGGAUGAAGAUUGUCAUGAGGUCGGUGCGCCAUCUACAGGAUAAGUCGGGGAACUUUUCAAAUGGCGGAACAUUUUCGAAGUGAAACCAAAUCUUAUUCUCUGCAUUUUAUUUCUGAAAAUAUCGGCAAAAAUUGUUGAAUUUUGGCCGAUUACCGAUUAGUCUCUAACUGGCUCAAAUUGGCCGAUUUAAUCGGCUCGCCGAUAAAUUGGUUGAGCCCUCAUAUUGAGCAGUUCACCUCGAUAACAAUAAACGAACUAUAAAUACUCCACAAGCUGCUCACCCCCUCCCACAUUAAGUUCGUCUGCUUUAGCUGCUACAGCUUCGGAACCGUCCUCCAUCUCCUCACCUGUCUUUCCCUCUUUAAUACAGACUGCAUAGGGUAGAGUCAUGUCUCUGACAUAAGACAGCAUCUUAAAGGGACAUGAGACCAUAGCCUACCUACACACAUCCAAAACCAACUUUUAUUUAUGAAUUUUUUUUUGACACUGAAAUACGGAUAUGACAAAAUGACGUCUGUUAUUGUCAUAAAUUUCAGUAUCUGUAACUUUUUCGGUUUAUCACCAAGCCCAAUUACAGAGGCAUGCAGUCCUGGAGAUUAAGUCCGAUAAAAAGACAAAAUAAAAGUAAAAAAAACAGCUUUAUUUUCACAUGCUAUUUAAGCACAUAGGAUUGAUAGGAUGUUGCUACCUCAUAGACGGUUUUCAGUCUGUUGUUUGGCCAGUAAUGAAUCAUCGUGUUCAUGUAUUUGGGGUCGUCUGAGAGCCAAAUCACCCAGAGAGGUCCCCCUUGUGAGAAAAUGGUAAACCCUUUAAUAAAAAGUUUGAUAUGGAGCCAAACAAAACUCAGAGUUAGAUCCAUGCCUAGUUUAUACCUCGAGUACUCUCAAGCAUAAUGCGCUGAUAUUACAGCUGACCUACUACCACAGAUUAGUAACCUCUUUUCUAUGUGUGUUAUACAUUGACACAUUUUCCACCUAUAUCCUCCCUGCUCCACAAAGCUCCACUCCUCCUCUUCUCUCAGUUUUUCUCUCUCUCUCUCUUUUUUCUCCAUAUGAUUGUGUCCGUCUUCCCCUCACCUCCCCACCUGACUUAUGGCAGCGGGGCUUUCGCUGUCGGGGAGUGUGAUAAUCCAACAGCUGCACAGCAGAGCAGAGAGGGGGAGGAUGGGAAAAGGGAGGAAGGGGGGGAGUCGGAGCGGAGGGGGUGUGCGGUGUACAACAGAAAGGCUUACGUCAACUCGAACGAGUCAUGCAGCAGCAGUAUGGCUGCCUGCACAGACACCAACUGCCAUUUUACUCCAGAUAGAGCUCUCUAAUAAAACAGACGAGGUUCAUACAUGCACACAAAGCAUCACUUCACUCGUCUCCAUCUCCCUCUUAAUAUCACUGCUGUUUAUUCUGGUGAGAUUAAUAAAAACUGUUCGAUUGUAAAGCUGUGAUAAUGCUGCACAGUCACCCCCACCUUUUUCUCUCCUCCCCCUCCUCCCACUGUACUUCCUUCAGGAGGAGCACUGUAACCUUAGAGACACACAGGCUGAUCCCUGCAUGUGUUCAAUUACCGUGUCACUGUUAAUCAUUGUCAAGCCGCUAUCGGAUGCGAGCGCUGCAGCUGGUUCUGACCUUUCCAUCAAGACGUAAAACUGGACAAAUUUGCUGCUUUCACCUGCACAAAAGAAAACAAACAACACAGUAACACUGCAUUUAAGGGGAGUACUGUGUUUUUAAAUCGGAGGUCUUUUUGAUUCUGUUUUGGGGGGGCAUCAUCCAGCUGGUGCUAAACAGCAAUUGCAACCUAUAGGACACACAUGUGUUAGUCACUUAUAAUUAGGGCUGGGCGACUUGGUCUUAAAUCAGUAUCACGAUAUAUCGAGCAGUUCACCUCUAACGAUAAAUGGACGAUAACUACUCAACAAGCUACUCACCCCCUCCCACAUUAACUUUGUCUACUUCAGCCGCAGCUCCAGCCGCUACAACUUUUUGAACCGUCCUCCAUCUCCUCACCUGUCUUUCCUUCUUUGACUGGAUGGGGUGGAGUCACGUCUCUGAUGUAGGACAGUGUCUUAAAGGGACAUGAGACCAUAGCCUACCUACACACAUCCAAAACCAACCUUCAUAUAUUUUAAUAUAUUGACAUCUGCAAAAAAAGGUCAGUUAUUGUUGUAAAUUUCAAUAUUGGUAAAUUUUUAGUUUAUCGCCUCGUAGAUUAUGUUGCAGAGUGAAGAAGAAAACAGUUUUAGUCUCAAACUUCUUGCACUUAAUUCCCAAAAUAUGGGAAUAAAAGUAAAAUAAAUCCAAAGUUUAAAGGCGCAAAAGUAAAAAUUUAAAGACUUAAUUUGACUCUUUUGUGUUUUGUAUCUGCUGGACUUCCAACUAUGCAUCAGUCCUCUUCUGUAUUUUACACCAGCCCAUUUUAGUCCUGAGAGGGAUGAUCUUUGCCAGACACUAAGGUCAAUCUGAUUGCCAGCGAUCUAAUAUAUAUUUACUUAUUUUUAACAAGAGAUUACCGACACUGGCCACUGUACACGUCACCUCACAGUGAGACUCACUCAUGCAUCAUUAAUCCCUAAACAAAGGAAUCAUUUGCCAGUAGACGGACGACUCAUACCACAUUGUUUUAGAGCAGAGUCCUACAUUCAAGAUGAAUGAGGCCUGACCACACUGAAAAAAAUAAACCCACUCCACCAGGGCGUUGUCACAUUUCUCAGAGACUUGAUUUGGAUCUUCAAUGAAAUGAUGAUUUAAGACCCAAAAGCUUUUUAUUUAUGUCAUCAUAAAGCUUUACAACAAGACAGAGAUACAACAUCUUUUUUCAAUGGCUCCAACUCUAACUGUGUGUUUCUGUGUUUGUCUUUGUUUCAAGGAUGAAGAGGAGGAAAUUAAACUGGAGAUCAAUAUGCUGAAGAAGUACUCCCACCACCGAAACAUAGCCACUUACUAUGGUGCUUUCAUUAAGAAAAGCCCCCCAGGACACGACGACCAGCUCUGGGUAAGUCCUCAAAUCCACUCAAGAAAUUAACGUAAGAAGAGGGGAAGGAAGAAAUUAGCUGCUGUGGUUGUUUCUAUCGCAUUUUAUACAUGUUAAAGGUUAAUUUUGAUAUUCUUUGAAAUCUCUACCCUGUGUUUUUUAAUCAAAGACAAAGCAGAAUAAAAUUUAAUAAUUACAGCAGUACAGAAGAAAUGGAUCAUGACUAUAAAGAUCAAAACAACAAAAAAAGUGGAUAUUCUUUGAUUGUAUAUCAUUUAUUUAUUCUCUAAUGAUUCAUCUAACCUUGUUUUUCAGUUGGUGAUGGAGUUCUGUGGAGCUGGUUCAAUCACAGACCUGGUGAAGAACACGAAGGGGAACCAGCUGAAAGAAGACUGGAUCGCUUACAUCUCCAGAGAGAUCCUCCGAGUGAGCUCACUCUCCUCUCCUCUCCUUGUGUCUCCUCUCUCCUUUUCUCUCACACACUCGCUCAGUCUUUACGUUCCUGUCUCUUUUUUUAGGGUCUCGCCCACCUUCACGCCCACCACGUUAUCCACCGAGACAUUAAGGGCCAGAACGUCCUGCUGACCGAGAACGCUGAAGUCAAACUGGGUGAGGGUCUGAGGGUCUGUCGUCAGUCCUCUAGCUGCACAACUUUUUGCCAAUAUCUGAUCAAAAUCUAUAUCAGCCAAUAUUGAAGACUGCAAGAAGAGGGGAAAAAAAAGUUGUAUUGGGACACCCCUUAUAUCUGAAUCAUUAACUGGCUGCUUGGUUGUGGUUACCCAAAGUAGUGUGUUCACCCGUUUAACUAAGAAACUCCACACCUUCUCCAACUUCCACAAUAAGCCUUAAAAUCACAUAAAAUAAACCAGUGCAAGUAAAAAAAAACUGUGUUGACCUGAAACCUGCUCAAAGUUCCCUCUUUAGGUGUUUUUGUUGUUGAUUUAGGUCAGUUCCAGCAGUAAGAGCAGAGCUAGUUUACCAUUUGACGACAAAAUCUAAGGGCGGUGCAAAUGGAUGAAGGGGUUUUUGACACGCUGCGAUGACUUACCUGACAUUCCUUCAACAGUCUGACAACCUAGAGAUCGAUUUAGUCCAGUCUGGAGCAGAUAGUGACUGUUUGAAACAUCUCAUGCAGAGAUUGUUGUCAUUUGUGUCUCACUGAAACCUCUAAAAAUCGAGGUCAGUUCAUGCGAGUGUUUACGUAGUUUGAGGUUCAGGCAAACAUCUCUACCUAAAAUCUGUCUCAUACUCAGAGUUGAACUCUUAAAGGGACUGUGUGACUCUGUUUUUCUCUACGCAGUCGAUUUCGGUGUGAGCGCUCAGCUGGAUCGGACAGUCGGGAGGAGGAACACCUUCAUCGGGACUCCUUAUUGGAUGGCACCAGAGGUCAUUGCUUGCGACGAGAACCCGGACGCUACGUAUGAUUACAGAGUAAGAGCCCUCGCUGAAACUCCCUGAAAACAGGUGUAUUACACCUGCGAGCACUCUGUUAUGUCUGAGCACGUCCGCUUGUUGCGGUUUUGUUGAUUGGGCGUUGUCUUUUCCUGCAGAGUGAUUUGUGGUCGUGUGGCAUCACGGCUAUUGAGAUGGCUGAAGGAGCACCACGUGAGUAUUGUUUUUCUCAUUACUGGUGUUUUAUUUUUUUUCCUGAUUCUCAAAGUUUUGUUCAUAUUCUGUAAAUGUGCGUCUUCUUCCAGCGCUUUGUGACAUGCACCCCAUGCGUGCGCUCUUCCUUAUUCCGAGAAAUCCUCCGCCGAGGCUCAAAUCUAAAAAAUGGUGAGCGUCUCCCUCAAAAGGAGUUUUUCUCUGCAUGUACGGGUAUUUCUUUUACCCUUAUAAAUAAAACACUAGAACUUUUAAAUGUUUUUUUUUCUAUGCCUGGAUUUCCUUCUUGGCCUCUCAUUGUGUUUAGUUUGCAUUUUGAUUUUAUCUCUGACUUCAGAUCAGGUUGCUCCAGAGGCUUGAAUCAGAGCUCUUCUCUGUGCUUUGUGCUGAGCCACACAUCUGUGAUACACCUGCUCUGGCAUGCCCAGCUUCUCCUGGCAGAGACUGCAGCGCUGCUCUAGAUAUGGAGAAAAAAAUGAAGUUGGAAAGAGACACGAAUAUAUAUUUUUUAGACUGGGAUUGAGAACUCCCUCAUUUUUUGAUUAAAUUUCAAGUCCUUAAACACUUUCUUUUGUUAUUGAUCUUAUAAAAUAAUGAUAGAAGCUAACAACCUAGAUCUAAAACAAGCCUCUAGCAGGGCUUGACACUGAUCAAAUUAUGUUUGUCUUAUUGGUCGACAUAAAUACUAUGAUUUGAAAUCAAUUUUAGGUCUUUUGGUCACAUGAUAUGACAGCUAUUAAAGGAAAGGUUCCAAAAUUUGGUCUGAGCUUUAACCCCCAAAUUUUUGGAUGACAAAUUAGGGGAAAAAAGAGGUGUGACGUAUCGUUCGACCUUAGUACAAUUAUUUGAAAUCAAUUUUAAGUCUUUCGGUUAUGUGACAUGGAAACUAUUGAAGGAAAACAGCCUUUUUUGAGAACAUCAACUGGAAACAAGAUAGAUUUGGCAUGACCUAUAAAAAUGGCCAAAAGGGGGUGAAAAAAGCGGAAUUACUCUUUAACCGUGCGUCUGAGAAAGAAGUCCAAGUGCGCAAAAUCAAAGAUCUCAUUGAGAUACAUGUGCCUGUAAAAUUUCGGGCAGAUCGGAAAAAGUCGAUGUUCACAAUGGUCUGUAGGGGGCGAUAGCGAGGCAAUUUUUUUUUCUCGCUUUUUUUUAGAUCACUUUAAAAUAUUGCGACUUUCUCCGGGCCCGACCAGCCUACAAAUUUUCGUGAGUUUUCGAGGCCAUUCAGGGGGUCAAAUUUGUGUUCUGGCAACGUAAAAUAAUAAUAAUAAUAAUAAUAAUAAUCGAGAACCCAGACAAUUACAAUAGGGCUUCGCUGCAGAUCUGCGCUCUCGGCUCGGGCCCUAAUUUAAUGAUGGUCCCUUAUUCAACACCGAACGUUGACAGCGAGGGUGCCAAGUAGAUUUAACCGCGCUGCUCUUGCCAUUCCUGGUCCUGGAGAGAAGACACCGGUGGAUCCGCAGUGAAUGUCCGUCAGAUAUCCAACCUAAAACUAACUUCACCUAAUAUGUGACAGAGCGCAUGUGCCCCUGAAUACAUCUUACAGUUCGCACACAUCUAUUUUUAGUCGCAAAACGGUCCCACUGUUGAGCCUGUCUAGUGUUUUGUAGGCAUAAAAGUAUUGUCAGAAAACCACAUCAGCGUAGAAGCAGGUGCACUGGUGUUGCUAAUUCCCUCUUACUCUGCCCCUUAUUUCAGCGUUUUCAUGCUGUAUGAGCAAUGAAAGAUUUAACGCUUCCUGUCCACAUGCAUGAGCCUCAAUGAACGCAGAGAAAGCAGAGACUGCUGUCAUCCUGAGGAUUGUUUCAGAGGCAGAAGCGGAGCGUUGUUAGCUCCCAUGACUGGGAAUCGUAGCUUGUUUGCACAAAUGUCUAGUCUACUUUAGAUCCUUGGGUGUGUGCUGUCUUUUCAUGGCUAGACUCCUUCUCCAACACUUAGUGUCUCUUUUUUUGUAUUCGUCACCCUCUCUGUCAUGGGAUGUUACUCUCUAUUGACUCUUUCUCUAAAACUUCCUCAGGUCCAAAAAGUUUUUCAGCUUCAUUGAGGGCUGUCUGGUGAAGAACUACACUCAGCGCCCACCGACAGAGCAGCUGCUGAAGCACCCCUUCAUCCGAGACCAGCCCAAUGAGAGGCAAGUCCGCAUUCAGCUCAAAGACCACAUCGACCGGACCAAGAAGAAGAGAGGAGAGAAAGGUGCGUCUUUCAUUUUUGCUCACCUCUAAUACAGACUUUUUACAGUUCAAUAUGUCAUGUCAUCUGCUAAGUGUCUGCUCUCUGAUCUUGAAUUCUGGUUUUUAUUUCUUUUUCACAGAUGAGACAGAGUAUGAGUACAGCGGCAGUGAGGAAGAGGAGGAAGAUCCUCCAGAGCAGGAGGGAGAACCGAGGUAUGAUGAAGCAGUGUAACUGACUUUUUUAAAGGGUAUUACACGUAUUCAUAAACCUGCAACCCACUUUGACCUGUUUUUGGGAUGACUGCUCCACCAGACCGAUCAUCCAGACCACCUUUUUUAAAAUCUAUUGUUAUUUGCAUAUUUUUUUCGAACAUGUGCGUGCAACACAAGAAAGUAACAAACAAACAAAACCAGUGAGAAUAUUCAAAACAACAAUAACAAUAAUCAAAGCAAAAAAAAUUUAAAAAUUAGACAAAUAAAAAUACUACGACUAAUAUUAAUAUGAACCGAACAUUUCCGAAAAGGAGUAGGAUGAAGUAUUACGCUUUUUUUUUAAACCCUGCCCCUUCUCUGCUACUCAAUAAACAGUCAGUCUCCAACAUAUUUACAUUAUAUUUAUAAAAAAUAGAACAUAAAGAGAGUAAAUAAGUACAUAAAUCAUCAACUUCAUCCUCUAGAGUCACUUUAGAAAUAUAAGGAACUUUUUCCAGGUCAAAGGAAUUUUACAUUUUAGUAGAAGUAGAACCAGGAUCGAAAUUUGGUUCUUGGGUUAUACCUCUUAAACUUCCAACCGUAGGACUUUCCGAAGGUCCAGGACCUUUGGGCUCAGGAUACUGAAUGUUUCUGAUUGGUCAAGCACUUGCAGUUAUUUAACUACCUGCGAUGUUUGCAAGACUGCAGCUCCAAGCUUCCUCUUUCGUGCUGCUUCAAAACUGUUUUCCACUGCACUCUGAGAUGGAGUCAGAAAAAGUCUUAUAACGGAUAAACCAGAAACAAGGUGCAUCUAAAUAAUAAACGUUUAAUAUCUUGGAAAGAAGAUCUUAUAACUGGUUGAACUACACCUUUAAAGCACCUUUCUUUGGCCACUUCAAGGCUUUGAUUGGACGUAGAUGGAGGUAUUACUAUCCCGAUCGCUCCCUCUUUUCAGCUCCAUUGUUAAUGUACCCGGUGAGUCCACUCUGCGCCGUGACUUCAUCCGCCUGCAGCAGGAGAACAAGGAGCGAUCAGAGGCGCUGCGUCGCCAGCAGCUCCUCCAGGAGCAGCAGCUUCGGGAGCAGGAGGAGUACAAGCGCCAGCUGCUGGCUGAGAGGCAGAAACGUAUCGAGCAGCAGAAGGAGCAGAGGAGGCGACUGGAGGAGGUACGUUCUUUUUCCACCGGUUGUGCGAUUGUUUAAUCAGACGAGAGAUGAAGUGAAAUGUUGAUGUUUUUAAUAUUUACCCUCACAGCAACAACGGCGUGAACGUGAGAUGAGGAGGCAGCAGGAGCGAGAGCAACGCCGCCGUGAACAAGAGGAGAAGAGGCGCAUCGAGGAGAUGGAUCGUAGACGUAAAGAAGAGGAGGAGCGACGGCGGGCUGAAGACGAGAAGAGGAGGAAUGAUCGUGAACAGGUUAGCUUGAAAGUACCACCUCUAAGGCCCCGAAAAAGACUCAAUCUGAUAUUGAAUUUGUUAGGAUUGAAUUCUCCUUGCUAAGAUUUUUACUGGUUAUAAGAACUGAUGACAAAAAAAAUGAAUCAUGAAUAGAUGCACAGGAUAUAAGUGACAUUAUAUUUUUCUACAAUGACUGUGCACUAAUAAUACACGCCCCCUCGCUUUGAUUGACAGGAGUACAUCAGGCGUCAGCUGGAGGAAGAGCAGAGGCACCUGGAGAUGCUGCAGGAGCAGCUGCUCCGUGAACAGGCCAUGCUGCUGGUCAGUCUCACACUGAAACAAAAACACCAACUUUUUAUAAACCCUGCUCAAAUAAGUUUCUUUAGUUCAGUAUCAACACAAGUUGUUCAAAUAAACACUGCUAUAGAUCCAUGACAUGCUCUCUGAUGUAGAUGGUUUUCACAGUAAAUAUUCAAACCAGUAUUUUAUUUGAAGACUUAAAUUGAAAAUAACAACCUUCCCAAAUCCGAAACCAAUAUUAAAUAUUUGAAUGAUAGCUGAACAGAUGCACGUUUGGUGAAAAUGAGCAGGUUAGAUUUUAAGAUUUCAGUGAAAAGCACAUUUUCUUACAUUUUGGAAGUUCCUUUCCUUUCCUCCAUGCCAGAGAAAUUAUUCCUAUUCACUUUGCACCUCAUAUUUUUCAUGCAGUAGAGUAAAACAAAUUUUUUUUCAACUGACAAUGCACACAGAGGAGACACUGUAAAGCACACUUCAUUUGACAUAUUGUUCGUACAGGGUAACAGGAGUGUAAAGCAGGUAGAUGAGGCUAUGAUUUCUGCCAAAGUGUUUCUGUUUAACUGUGUUCUAAGGACAGGAAUUAAAAGGUGGCACUGCUUUCAGUCAGGCAAACGCAGGCUGCCAGCUCUCCCGUCUCUUUUGACCACCUUGAAUCAACCCCACACUCUGCAACAGGAGUUCAAGUGGCGGGAGCUUGAGGAGCAGCGCAAGGCCGAGCGGCUCCACAAGCGCCUGCAGCAGGAGCAGGCGUACCUGCUGUCGCUGCAGCACGACCCCAAACAGCAGCCUGGUGACAAGACCAAACCCCCCUCAGACCAGAACAGACCUCCACAGACUUCCACCUUACCCCCUGACAGAGUCCUUUCUGUGCCCCCUCAGACUCAGGCCCCUGACUCAGGUUUGUUUGGAGUAACUCCAGCCCCCCAGACUCUACCCUUAGAUAGCUCGAAACCCCAGGCUGCAGAAAAGACCGACUCUGAUGAGACCUGUCCAGAACACACCCCAGAUUCCCCCAGCCCCCCUCAGACUGAAACUCCCCCUGACUCUGACGCUCCCCAGGCAGAAAGUUUGGAGCCCGACAGGCCCGCUGAGGCUGUCAGUCAUCCUCCUCAGCCUGUCAGAGAGGUGAACCUCCUCCGUGGCUCUGCUGACCCUCUGCCUGCUCUUUCCAGCUUCUUCUUCUGCUUGUUUUCAGUGAUAACAGAGGCGGUGCGAGCAACGAAUACUACUUUCUUCAACCCAAAUAGCUGAAUUUAAUUCCUGCUUUUGCGUUAACAGAGAAAUGAGCCACAGUGCACAGACUCUGAAUGGAAAAAAAACAUGAUGAGACUCGCAACCGGCCUCUUUGUGUCUCCUUCACUCUCUCUUGGCACUCGCUCUCACUUGCUUUGUUCUCUUGAAUACUAAAACCAUCUGGAUGUUUGGAAUAUUUUUGUCUUAAUUUUUACUCAAAGCAGGUGGAAAAGUGGCUAAAUAAGAAACGUAUGACCCUGUAGGCUUCAUUUUUAAUUAUUUUUUUUAGGGCAACUCUUAAUCCGAAAGUUUUUAGGCACCUCUCUUGAUCUCUACUCUGUCACCUGCUGUUCUGACUCAACACGAGUGGAUUGGGCCAUGCAUGCCGAUGGCUGAGGCCCACACUAACAAGCAGAACACCUGAGCAACAUUUCCUCCCAUCGACAGUGUCAUUAACAAAUAUCUUUCCAGGGAUGUAUUUGUGUGAGAGUCCUGUUUGCACCUCUGUCUGUGCACAUAUAUCUGUGUCUGUGCAGCUGUCUCCAACGGGCUCAGAGCAUGUUUGAUAUCAAUGUUGACUUGUUUGUUUUAUUGUUGGUCUUUGUCAGUCGUAUAUAUGAGGGUUUCUGUGAAUUAUAAAGGCUGUCACUGCAAUAAUAAUAAAGAAAAGGGAACCCUUUUUUAGCACAAUUGUCUAAAAAGGUUUUAAAAUAUUUCUGACUUUUUGUCUUAAGUCCAUUCAGGUUUUGACUUAAAGCUCCUGUGAGGGAUUUUCAGGUUAUGUCAGUUUUGGAAACCUCUGCUGACAAAGCUUUAAGAUAAAUCUCUGCUUGUCUUGUUUUGAUUUAGUUGUGUUUUAAAAAAUUGUAAAAAAGGAAUCUCUUUGUGUUGCAGCUUUAAUGCCAAACUUAAAAUGAAUUUUAAGCGUACAAAAUAUAAAUUAGCCCAUCAGCCUCUAAACCAGUGGUUCUCAAGUCCAGUCCUGGAGGUCCACUGUCCUGCAUGUUUUGGAUGUUUCCCUGCUCCAACACACCUGAUUCAAAUGAUCAGCUCGUUAGUAAGCCAUUACAGAGCUUGAUAACGAGCUGAUCAUUUGAAUCAGGUGUGUUGGAGCAGGGAAACAGGACAGUGGGCCUCGAGGACUGUACUUGAGAACCACUGAUCUAAACUACGAUGGUCCUGGAGUUCAACUGCACGCGUAUUUCUAAACCUUCUGCGCAACAUUUAAAAAAAUGAUUUUACCAAAUAUAAGAAUAUUAAAUGAAACCAAUAUUUUUUUUUCAUUUUGUGACAAUAACAGUUUUAGAAAUGUUAAAUUAUUUUUUUGUUUUGUGAGUUUUAACAAAUAUUUUUGCUUAAUCAGAUGUUUUUGGAGUUUUAUGUCAGAUUUUUAAAUUUGCUUCUGAAGUUUUUGGAUCAAAUACAUUUGUGCCUUUUUUCUACUUUUUUUUAUUUCAUGGGACUUUUGCAUUUAGAUUUUUUUUAAGUUUCAUGAAAUGGUUUUAAAAUUUGCAUUUCCUGAUUUUUUUUUUUUUUAAGUCUCAGGAAAUGUUCUUGUAUUUUGUAAAAUACUUUUACUUUUAAAAAAUCAGAUUUUAUACAGUCUGAAACUGUUGUUUUUGUAUGUUAUAAAAUACUUGUGCAGUUGACCUUCAGGUUUAUUGUAAUAUGACCUAAAUCACUGAGACUAAUGAAGACUUAAGUUAACGUGUAGUAAAUAUCAGCCUCUGUCUCUGUGGUCUGUUUUUCUGUCAUAGGCUGUCAGAAUUUAUCUCAUGCUAGUUUAUUGCAAUCUAAAAAAUCGACACAGGAGCUUUGAAAAGUCAGAAUUCCCUUUAAACAUCAUUAUAAAAAACAGGUAACAUAACUUAGUAUCCCCAGCUUAUGUGCUGUAAGUUACUCCCUGUUUCAUCUUCAUGACAGUCUCUCAAAGAAAAUUUCUAGUGGUUCCCUUCAUCUUGAUUUUUAAUAGAUUUCUUGUAAUAAUAAAACAAAUAUCCCCCUGGUCUUUACUCCAUCUUUGUCCUGUCCCUGUUCCUCACCCCAGGCUGACGAGCGAUACCGUAAGAACAUUCAGGGCUCCCCUCAGUCCGCCCCUCCUCCCAAGCAGCCCCCUCUGCCUCCCCGCUCCUCUGAACCAUUCUCCAACGGCGGCUCCUCCAACGAGGCCUCCGCCAUGCACCGGCCCAUGGAGCCUCAGGUAAACUCCUCCUCCCUCCUUUUCUCCUCUCUCUUGACCUUUUUCCUCAUUCUCCUGCUGCUCUCUUCCUCCCUCACCGCUGGCUCUGUGGACUCGAACAGGUCGUUUCUAACAGUAAACAGACUCUCUCACAGUCGGACUCGGGUGUUCUUGCUCUUCUCUCCUCUGUGUGGAAAACCGUGAGCCAUUAAUCUGCAGCGAAACUCUUCACAUCAUGUCUUGAAUAAAGGGUGUGGAGCUAUUUGUUUUAAAACAGGGAGGGAUCCUGACAGCCUCAUGGUUCAGUUUUUCCUCCCCAGAUAAUCCCAAGUAUGCACAGGUUUUGAAAUCUUGCAAAAAAACUCCAAAAAACUGCAACUUCAGGGAUAUUUUUGCAGAUUUAACAAAAAAAAUCUUGAUCUAAAAUAUUUAAAAAAUUAAAAAGAUAUUUAUACAUCGCAGACAAGACAGUACAGCAGCACUCUUUGACAUUGCAUGAACAUAAAGCUUCUCUAAAGUGCGCUGCAAACACACGUCAUCAUGUUUCGUGCUUCGUCUGCAUGUGUGUAGACUCUAAACACAUGUAUGUGAGAACAACCACGCACAUCUUCCCUCAUGUCUCACCGUGUUGUCUGCUUGUUUCACCUCCCCUCCCCUUCCUUCCCUCCCUCCCUUCCCCCUCCUCUUGUCUCCUCCCCUCCCUCACCCCUCAAAAGGUCCAGUGGUCCCACCUGGCUGCCCUAAAAAGCAGUAACAGCGCUGCCCCCUCUCCUCCUCCUGUUCCGCCUGUCGUCGCUCGCUCGCAGUCCUUCAGCGAGACCGGCGGCGUGGCUUCUAACUUUGCACAACUCCAGCUGCGCUCCCAGGACCCCCACCAUCACCACCAUCACCCUUCACCCGCACGCACAGACCCCCAGCCCCAACCUCCCCUCCAUCACCCUCAUAGACUCGAACACCAGGGCAGCAGCGAGGAGGUCCCUCCAAAGGUAAGGGGACGAUGAGGGCCCCCUCCCCUCCUCCCUUCCUCCCCUUCAUUCACGUCACUCAUCAGCCUGUCUGCUUGUGUCUGCCUGCUCCUGUCACUCGUACUGUUUUAUCACUUAUUAUGGGACAAAAAAAUUAUAUUGUUUUCCCUUUUUUUUCUUUUUGAUUUUUAAUUUUGCAAUCUUUAAAACUCGCAAAUGUUUCACUGGACAGUAAAUUCAUCUGACUUUGCAGUGUCUGGUGAGGUUGUUGAAAAGGUUUUGCCCCGAUCUAACAAAUCCUGCUCUCUGUGGGUGUUCAGUUCUCUUGUUUUCUCACUUUUGGUCGAUUUAUCACUGAAAAUAUUUUCUACUUGUGUUGGAGUUAUAAAGAAUUUUUAACCUUUCCUGCAAUUUUUCAAAAGAGAGCCUUACCUACCUAAAGUGCCAAGCAUGAAAGUCCUUCCACACAGGGGCGAAUAUAGAACGCGAAAUUACGAAAUAUUCGGAGGUGAAUUUUGAACACUUAGACCUUAAAGGUCCUUUCACACCGGGACCGUUUUUAUCGUGCGAUUAUUUCGGACGUCAAUAUUUUUUUCGAACCUGUAUCCUGUCAAUACAAGCGUUCGAUGACGAUGGUUUGUGUGGUUUAAUAGUUUGCAAAAUGUCUUUGUUUUAACGUUCAUCUGUGCUAAUGUAAGCUAACGGUUGUUACCAUAGUUCCAUGUGCUUAUCUUAUCGCCUCCGAUUGGCUAUAAGUGCUGACUGUUCGGCUUGAGUGUGUGAUGACGUUACCAGCUUUUCUAGCCAAUCAGAGGCGAAGGAGGCGGGACUUUCCCCAGGAAGUCUUCCCCAGGAAGCGUCUUUUCCCCCCUGGAAAGUCGCAAAGUCGCAUCGGGCUUCAUGUGUAUAGUCAGGCGCGUCAAAAUUCCCCACCAAAUAUUUCGUAAUUUCGUGAUCUAUAUUCACAUCAGCCCCGGUGUGUAAGGACCUUAAGUCAGAACACCUCCUAUUAAAAGUAAUGUAUUACUCAGUAUCUAAAUGAGCAAAAGUACAAUUUCCAAUGUUUUGACAAAGCUGAGUUUAAGAUAACAUUUUAUUUACCACAAGACGAAAAUAAGGGUGAUAUGGUAGCUAAAAUUUUGCUUUGCUACCAGAACUUUGAUUAUGGUGUGCUCAUUUUUGUAUCCUGAUUUUAAAUUGAAAAAAUACUUUUUUGUAUGCAAUUUAAAAAAUCUUGUUUGCAAUCAAUGGCCUACAUUUGGGGGAGUAUUUUGUUGGAUAUCCUUACAUAGAAAAUGUUUAUUUUGAAAGGAAACUAAAGGUUUUCUGACAACUCUGGAAGGGUGUAUUUUGAAAUUGAAACUGAAUGAUUAUUCUGCAAAAGUCUGUUUUACUGCUCCACAGGAUUCUUAAAUCUGUUAAUUUUUCCAUUCAGCCUCAUAUUUAUGUUGCUAUAACUCUUUGAGGAUUGUUUGGAUCUGUUUCCAUCAGGUCCCAGUGAGGACAACAUCCAGGUCUCCAGUUCUGUCACGCCGAGAGUCACCUCUGCCGUCACAGCCCGGGAACCAGGGACAGAGGAAUGCUGGCAGGUGUGUAAAGACGCUUUAAAAUUUGUUGUUUUUUGACGGGAGUAUUGAAGCAUUAUCAUAACUGUACAUAAAGCAGCUCUACUACCAGAUAUAACUUGAUAAAUGCAUGUUAUCUGUGAUAGAAGUAGUCCUAACUGAGCUCUGGUUGUUAACAUGGUAUUCUUCUUCUCCCCCUGUUACAGUAAUGUGGAGCAGCGCCCCCUGUGGGACCGCGUGGAGAAGCUGCAGCCUCGACCUGGCAGUGGCAGCUCAUCUGGAUCCUCGAACUCCAGCUCUCAGGCCAGUCCUGGUGACCGCUUUAGGCCACGCUGUGAGUCCCCUGGUACUGUACUCGGCCACACUAAACCAACUCCACUGACUGAUGUCCAUUUAUUCCCACAAAUAAUCCAAUUCACAAUCUUAAUUUAAAUGAUCACUGACUCUAUUUCUGUCAUUUUUAAGACAACUUAAAGUUGUCAAACUUGUUAAAUUGCCUUUUUUUUUUUUACUCUAAACUAAUGUGCUGUUACUCUCACAGCGAUCUGUUUCUGCAGAUAUAGUUGUUGCCUGUUUUUCGGCUGUCAGAUCGCAGGAGUAUUCCCUUCUUCCAGAGCCGUUUCCCUUCACUUACGCCGCUUCCUUUUGUCUCCUCAAAGCUUCUUCCAAAUCUGAAGGAUCACCUCUCCAGCGUCCCGAGAACGUCCCCAAAAAGCCCGAAGAAAAGAACAUGGCCCGGCCCACUCGACCAGCUGUGAGUCCUCUGUUCCUAAAGCGCUAGUUCCACUUGUUUGAUGCUGAAUGGGUGAAAACUGUUUCUUUUUUUCUAACUCUUAUUCCUCCACCACCUGGUGUGUGGGACGGCUCAUGAAUCCAAUCGUUUGGUGAUUGUUGGGGAACCUCUUAGGGUGAUGCGGUAAGCGUAUUAUUGAAUGAGAUCACGUAAUCGCGCCGAUGCUUUGCCUGCACCAUCGCCCCACUCAUUGCAUCAUGUGACAAAGGUUUGCAGUGAAAGAACUGCCCCUCCUGUGUAAGGUUUGAAUAAUGCCUGUCCUCCUGCUCCUCCUCCUCCUCCUCUUGCCUGUGCUGAUCUCUCUCCUCACUUUACUCCCUGUCAUCAACACGGCACAGAAAGGGUUAACCCUCUGCAGCUUCCCUCAGCCUGGAUUUGAAUGCAGCCACAUUUGAAUGCAAACACACACCUCCUGUUUCCUUGUUCCUGUCAGAGUCGCUCCUAAUCUCACCUGGCUUUUGUUGCUGGAUAAACGGCGGCCUGUUUGUUGUUGUUAAAUAUGUCAGGGUGUCUCCUCCCUCUGCUGCUCCACACUGACCUAACAAACUGCAUUAAUAAGAGUCUGCAGGGAGGAACAAACCAAGGGGGGAAUAGUUACAAAACAGGGACUCUGGACAAUUAAAUCUGAUCUGUGUGAUUAAAUUCAACAAUGAUCAGAAUUAUUAAUAAUCCUCAGAAAUAUACAAACAAAGCUAACCUGGACUAUAGCCCAGUUUCAGAUUUCUAUUCAUCGCAAAUUUUUGGCUUUUUUUUCCCAGUUUUUGUUCACCAAACUCUGGCUUGAGUCUUAUUUUCAACCUCGUUUUCUGAGAGUUCGAUUAAAGCUAUGGUCUACGAUCUGAAAACCAGUUUGGUUGUUGAGACAGAUUUGAAAAAUCCCACCAAGAUCCCACCCCCACCAGCCCGUGUCGCCUCCUAACAACACGCCCCCUCCGAUAGAGCAAGAAGCCGGUCAGCAGAAAAUAUCAGCAUCAAAGCUAGCUUCGAAAACGACUCAGGAUGUAUCUGAUAGAAACUCGGCUGUCUCAUCGUCAGUUUUCAGUCCCAAAUCCUUCUGCAGCUUUUUCCAACAGUGGUACGUUUCUCCAAUGUAGACUUUUCGUUCGCAACUGUAUCGCUUAUAUUUCUUCCUUACUUCAGCCUUUUCCUCGAAACUUUUACGUUCCCUUCCCUUCGAUGUGGAGGGUAACAGAAGCGGCCUCCUGGUUUCGGUGUUUGUCUUUUCCGGCUCUAUUAUGCUUCAGUAGCUGUGCAGGUAGCUAAUCACAUGUACGUGAGGGGGGUAGUGGGGAGGAGGCGGGACGGUGCGGAGCAGGGGAGGUCGAUUAUUAUGCCUUUUUUGCAGCAGAUAUACUGAACGGAUUUUUAUAUUGUGUAGAUGGGACCAUAGGACCAUAACGGCUUUAAAAACGAUGUUAUUAAUAAGUACUAAGCUUCCAAAUGGUAGACCAUAGCUUUAAAACACUCUCAUUGAGCUCAACAGUUGUAGCCACUGGUUUAGUUCCAGUUUCGGCCUCUUGCUGCAUGUCAUCGCUUCUCUUCCCUCCGUCUCUCUUGGGCCCUCAUAAAAAAAAAUCAAAAAGGCCAAAAAUAACUGUAAAAAACAUUCCCAGCUGGCUUUUCUCUCUACGUUUCAAGUCACUGAGUUACAGCCUCUUUGCCCACAAAAGCAGAGCAUCGGAAAAACAGAUUUUUUAACGUUAAUUGUUGCUUCAUCCAUUGUUUUUGUCUAUAUCAGCGGGUUGAGGCUUCAUAAAGUUGUAAAUUCCUGAUAAUAAAUCUUGUCAAGUUUUAUUAAAGUGUAGUUUUCACAAAUAAGUAACUGCUCGGUCUUGAACAGGACAGACUGAUUUGCAGCAUGUGCAUGUUUCUGCAACCACUGUUUGCCUUCAGCUGUUGAGUUUAACUUUCAAAAUGAUUUAGUGUUGGCAGCCGGACACCGUUCGUUAAUCCUCUGUGAAUGUUGUUUUAAAUAUAAGAGGCACCUGAACUCUAAAUAAGUGAUGCCUUUUCAGGUUGUCUUGCAAACAGGAGCCUUUUCUGAGAAUGAAUUAAUUAUUUGUUAGUUUAUUGAAGUGCAGCCCUGAGUUCGCUCACUGGAUUCAGACUUUUUACCUUUUUAAAGAGGUCUGUGGACAAACAGCAUGUGUGAAAGCGUCAGCGUGGGAAACCUGAGGUAUUCUGUUUUUCUAAGACCUCUCUCCUGGUUCCCUCAGGACCUGACAGCUCUCGCUAAGGAGCUCCGUGCUGUCGACGACGUGAAGCCCCCCCACAAAGUCACCGACUACUCCUCCUCCAGUGAAGAGUCGGGAACCACUGAUGAAGAAGACGAUGAGGAGGUGGACCAGGAGGCCGGAGAGGAGUCCACCUCUGGAGCUGAAGACUCUCGAGCCGGGUGGGUGCAGCUUGAUAACACUCUUGACUGUCUGUCUGUCUGUUGCUUUCAUCUCUCAAGCUAAAUUUCAUGAUUACAUCCCCGUGAGAUAUUCCGUUAAUCUGAACUGUUUGAACUUUGCGAUGUUUGCUGCACGGCUUUCCUGCAUGGGUGUUAACACGUGUCUGGUUGCGGACGUCAGAUAUUCCCAUGGCUUCCGCAGGAGGCAGAGCAACGGCGAGACGGAGUCGGCUAAGACCAUGCUGGUGGAAGACUCGGAGAGCGACCAAGCGAUCACGCCCUCCAAGGACGGCACGCUGGUCAUCCGACAGGUAAGAGAGGCUGCUGACUUCUUAGUGUAACACACAAGCUGUUUGUAAGAAGUGGACAGAGCCGUCAACAACUGCUGCAACUGAGAAAUCUGAGAAGAAUGAUAAUACUAUUUAUGUUUUAUUCUGUAUCAUGUUUACAAAAGCAGUAUGCUCCCAUCAAACCCAGAAUACUCUAGCCCAUGUUGAAGCUAAUAGUAUUUAAUGAACGACUCUAUCGACUGAAAUAAUCCACAACAGAGUGACAGGUAUAGAUUUGAGUGACUUGUUGGGAGAGAAAAAGUUCACUGGGGUGCUAAAUACAGUUAGAUAUUCUCAAAGACUUCAGUGUAAAUAGGCUUUCAUUAUAUCCUUUAAUGCAGUUGUUCUCAAGUCACACCUGAUUCAAAUGAUGAGCUCGUUAGUAAGCCAUUCCAGAGCUUGAUAACGAGCUGAUCAUUUGAAUCAGGUGUGUUGGCCUCGAGGACUGGACUUGCGUUAAAGUGUCCCCCUGCUGGUCAUUACUAAAAACACAGGUUUAAGACACUCGUGAACAAGGCUCAAAGGCUGCGUCCACUUCUUAUUGAGACAUUUUUGGAUUGUGUUUCUGUCCAGUGGAUAAGAAUUUAAAUUCAUUUUGUUUUUCCUAGUUUCAGUUUCGUUGUUUUGCUUGUUAUCUUUUCUUCUUAAGUUGUUUUGUCUCACCGUAACUUUUUUAUUGUCUUAUCUAACGUCUCACUUUCACAGAUUCAUAAUGUCAGAUAGUCAUAGAUUAGGUUUCAAACAUGCUCGGGUUUCUCACUGAGCAGCAGUUUAAAGAAACGCUCUUCUAAGACGUGAUUUGAUCAGCUGAUCUUAGUUUGAGAGCAGCCAGCCACUCCUCUCCUCCUCUUCUCCACCUGCUUGCUCAAGCCCAAGUUUGCCUGUUCUUGCUUCCAGAGCACCGCUGAAAUAAAGCGGCUGGUCAAUCUCUCAUCUUCAUCCUCCUCCUCCUCUUCCCCGGCUGGCCCCGGUCUCGGCCACUGCCAGCCCCAACCCCUCAGCCACGGCCUGCUGGAGAAAAACGGCUUUGCCGGCCGCAUACACCACCUACCAGACCUUAUCCAGCAGAGCCAUCACUCCCCUUCCCCAUCCACAAACAUCCCGCACUCCUCCUCCCCCUCCUCAUCCUUCCCCUCAUCAUCUAGCCAUCCCAGUCCUGCCAUGUCCCUACAGACCUCCCUGGACAAGUUCACUGCCAUAGAGGUAUGUCACCCCCUCACAUCUCAGAGACGGACAACAGAGGAGAGGACUGAGGCAGAGUUUACGGGCUGAGACGUGAAGGGAGAAGAUAAAGUUUCACUUAUUUAGAGAAGUUCACCCCUCAAAGACAGUUUGCCUUUAAAAACUUCAUUUUAAAGCUGGAAAAAAAAACGUCGUUUUCUCAGGUCCAGGUAGUUUCUGCCCUACUUGCCAUAUUGUGAUGUGUCUGACAUAAGACUGAAGGCAUAAAGGCAGUUGUGUUUAUGUUCACUGUUAUGUUUGUUAGCUGUAAAAAUACACAAAAUCCAGUCAGUGACGCUCCCAGCCUGCUCCUUUCAUUGGCCAUGGUGGGUUUUCAGUCGUAUUGAGGAUUAUUUGGAUAAAUAAUCUCUUAUAACAUCCAGUCUCGAAACAGGCAGCACCUCCUCAUCAUCAAGAGUGACUAAUCAGGCCAUAUAUAAGAUUUAGGAUUUACUUAAGGUAGUGCCAAACAAGUUUUUGAGUUGGUGUGCUUCAAAAAUAAAGUCAAAAUAAAGUCAAAAGUCACAUGAACUGAAACAAACUGUUUCUGUCAGUCAAGUCUUAGAGCCUUUGAGGAGGAUGAUCCUUUGAAGGAUCCAGCCCUGCAGGGAUCCUGUCAGUAAUAUCAGACAUUAAAUCAACUAUCUGAGCCUGUCAGUGUCAGAGAAAAGCACUUAGACAGGGUUCAUUUCGCCUUGAGGAUCACUUUGGAGACGUACUGCUUGUCUUGUGACUUUUUUUGCGCUAAGGCAAAAUUUUCUAUACAUAAAGACUUAAGAUUAGAAAUCAAACAAAAUUAUACAAUCAGAAAGUUCUCCUUUGAGCGUUUUAUGAAAGUCUCUCAAUCUAAAUCACUGUUUUUAAAUCCUAGAAGUUUUGGAUAUAUUUUUCCAUCCCCACCAUCUCUGAGCCUGUAAAUAUUUGACAUCCACUCCUCUGUUGUCCCUCUGAACCUCUCCAUGCCCUUUCCUUCCCCUUCCUGGCUUCACUCUGGCUCACCUCUGCCCCCUGCUGGCCUGGCUGACACCUUGGUCUGAAUCCUCUGACCACCUGCCCUGCACUGUCUCUCUCUGCUAACACUGGUGCCUCCUGGUGGUAGAACAGGGUCAUGGCAUGAAGGGAACUAAAACCAGGGCUUCUUUGGAUUAACCACAAAAGGAAUCUCUUAACACAUAGCAUCUGAGGCUUGUAGUUUUUGGGUGAUGGCAUGCUGAGUGUGAAAUCAAGAUUUAGAUUUCUAAACAUGAAAAAGAUUAAAAAACUCAAUGCAUGUAUGACCUACUCGAAGACAGGAAAUCAAACUAUUCCCAGUGUUGAUUCGGAUGAAUAACAGCCUCUUUUUGCAGAGUUCCAAAGAUCUGUGGUGGAGAGGGAGCAGAAUUUCUGUUAACACUUAUGUUUGGAUCGUUUCCCUCGGCGCAUUUCUUCUUCUUGUUGCAACAUGUUUUUUCUCUCUAACAUCUCCUCUAAACAAUUAACAUCACCGCACAUCAUCUUUUGAUUUGUUAUUAAACUUGCUCUUCAACUUUGCUUUCCAACAACAAUGUUUCUGAUUAAUCACAUUUGUGCUGUUUUAUGAGAUUUAACUGUAUAACACAUACUCAAAACUGAGGGGAGCUUUGUUGCUGUUGCUCAAAUCUGCAGUGCUAAAAGUCUCUUUGUGAACAUUCAGACAAAGAAAUUUGGUGUUUUAAAACCUGGGCGUCAUAUUUUCACAUAUUUGAGGGUCUAAGUAAGAAAAAAAGGUUGUAUUAAAUGUCAGAAACAUGUUCUUCAGGAAAAGCUUGCCUGCUCAAAGUGCUUGUUUUUGCAUCUGACAAGCCCAAAUUAUUACCCUGUCACAACAUUGAAGAAAGUUUUUCACAAUACUGUCCUACAAAGAUGUGCAGGUUUAUGCCUGUCAAAUGAAGCUGCUGCAUAUCAUCCCAACACAGUUUAUUUAAACUUAUCUGUGUAGAGUUUCAGUGUGUUAAUUAGGGGUAGGAUAAAAAAUCGAAACAGCAUUGUGUCAUGAUAUUUUGUCUGGUGAUAUAUCGUAUCGUCUCAUUUACCAAGUAUCGAUUUUUUUCAGAUUAAUUGCUAAUAUGAUAGAUAGAUAGGUAGGUACAUAGAUGGAUAGAUACAUACAUAGAUACUUUAUUAAUCCCACAGGGAAAUUCAAAUGAUGACGUAAAAAUAAAAUUAACUGUUUGUCCAUUGUGGUUGGCAGAGGUGACAUCAUAGAGCAGGAGAAAGUAAGUACAACAACUAUAGCAGAAACUGGGGAAAGACAUUAGGAAUGCAAGCAGGGUACAAAUGAUAUGGACCUAACACAUAAGGUUUGCAAGAUGUGUUACAUAAAAAUAAAAUACUGUAAGUAAGACAAACGUAAAGGAAAGACAAAUGCUAAAUUAGCUAAACAGUUGAAAAAAUUUGCAUAAAUCACAAUAUAUUAAAUCGCAAUACUCACUGUAUUACAAAAUGUUAAAAAUUGCAAUAAUAUCGUAUUGUGGCCCAAGUAUCGUGAUAAUAUCUUAUCGAGAUAAUAUGUUUUGUGGCCAAAAUAUUGUGAUAAUAUCGUAUCGUGAUAAUAUUGUAUUGUGGCCCAAGUAUCGCGAUAAUAUCAUAUCGUGAUAAUAUCGUAUCAUAAUAAUAUCGUAUCGUGGCCCAAUGAUGUGAUAAUACCGUAUCGCGAUAAUAUCAUAUCGUGAUAAUAUCACAAUGUGAUAGUAUCGUAUCGUGGCCCAAAUAUCGUGAUAAUAUCGUGUCAUGAUAAUGUCGUAUCAUGGCCCAAAUAUCGUGAUAAUGUUGUAUCGUGAUAAUAUUGUAUUGUGGCCCAAGUAUUGCGAUAAUAUCAUAUUGUGAUAAUAUCGUAUCGUGAUAAUGUCGUAUUGUGAUAAUAUCGUAUCGUGAUAAUAUAUCGUAUAGCGGUCCAAGUAUCGUGAUGAUAUCCUAUCGCGGGGCAACUGGUGAUUCCCACCCCUAGUGUUAAUAUGAUGCAUCAGUGUUUUCAAUUACCAUGUUUUCUGAAGAUCAGCAUUGUGAUCCGUGCAUCACACUGCUGCUGCACUGAUCAUGUUGCAUCUUUGUUUGAAACACCCCGAGAGAGGAUACACUUCCUCAGAACUCAUCCUAUCUCCUCAUUCCUUGCCUCCUCCCAGUGCAUGAAAGAAAACAGUUCUUAUUUAUUGUAGAGGGGAAAUCAUUCCUCUGUCAGCUGAGGAGAGAGGACACAAGGAAGUGACACCUAUAGAUGCUUUAGUUAAAACUAGAUGUGGGAAUCUUUCUCUUUAAUUAGCUCCAUUGAUCUGCUAUAGCUGAGUCAAAACGUAUUAUUCCUCUUUUAAUCGUAUAAACCUCAAAUAUGUCACAUGAACGCCCAGGUUCAACAUAAAACACCUGAUUUUUCUGUUCAGUGCAGGAUUGAAGUGUUUGUUUCUAAAAAAGCCUCACAUUUCUUCCAGUCCCAGUCAGAGAGCAGCUCCAUAUCCAAACACAAGUCUUCCUCCUCCUUCACUCCCUUCAUCGACCCUCGUCUUCUUCAAGUCUCUCCAUCCAGCGGCAGCUCACUCAACAACAUGGGUAGGUCAUAAAUCUCAGUUUUUGAGCUAAGGUCAAUCAUAAGUCACAUGUUGUCUUAAAGGAAAUAAAGGACACAGAGGUGAUUUCUUCUCCUCCUUCAUUUCUCCUCCAGCAGCAUUUGGGCAGGACGGACGCCUGCCUGACCCGCUGAGAGCUGAAGCGUCCCGUAAAGGCUCGGUGGUCAACGUCAACCCGGUGAACACGCGCCCGCCAAGCGACACACCAGAGAUCCGCAAAUACAAGAAGAGGUUCAACUCUGAGAUCCUGUGUGCUGCCCUCUGGGGUAAGUCUGUAAAUAAAUAAUAAAAACAAGCGAUCAGGAGGUGUGCAGAACUGUGAUUGAGUGUUUUAUACGCCCCUCUGUGUCUGCUGCAGGAGUGAACCUGCUGGUGGGAACAGAGAGUGGUCUGAUGCUGCUGGACCGGAGCGGUCAGGGGAAAGUUUACCCGCUGAUCAACAGACGACGCAUCCAGCAGAUGGACGUCCUGGAGGGACUUAACGUCCUGGUCACCAUAUCAGGUAUAAAAGCAUGUCUGUUUUUUAGAUAAACUGUACCGUGGUGUGAAGUCAGCAUAUUUAUAAGCAUAACUGAAUCCUUGUCUUGAAGGUAAAAAGAACAAGCUUAGGGUGUAUUACCUGUCGUGGCUGAGGAACAAGAUUUUGCACAACGACCCUGAGGUGGAGAAGAAGCAGGGUUGGGUUAAUGUGGGCGACCUGGAGGGAUGUGUCCACUAUAAAGUCGGUACGUGUCAUUUUUUUAAUCUGUCCUCAAACCGAUGAAAAAUGAAGUUCGAAUUCAACUUUAUUUUUAUGGCAGAGACAUUAUGUGAGGAAAGAGCUACCUUUAGGAAACACUGGAGAUAAAAAUAAAAAGAGUAAAAAGAGUAAAACCUGCUGGACUAAGAAAAUAAUAUUAAAUGAACAGAUAAUUAAGAGCUCUUUACCAUAUAAAAGAGAGAUAAGAACAGAGGUGAUUAAUAAAAUGACAUAAAUAAACGAUAAGAACUUGGAUUAAAAUGAACAUUUGCAUGAAGAGAGAGGUUGCCCCCCGUAUUGACAGUCUGAUCCUUUCUCAUUCCAGUGAAGUACGAGAGGAUUAAGUUCUUGGUGCUGGCCUUGAAGAACUCUGUGGAGGUUUACGCCUGGGCUCCAAAACCCUACCACAAGUUCAUGGCCUUUAAGGUGAGACUGGAUCCACCUCCGGAUGUGACCACACCCUCGAAAGACUGAAGAAAAUCUGACCGUUUUUCUGUCUGACUGUUUAUUUCUAGUCUUUUGGUGACCUGGUGCACAAGCCUCUUCUGGUGGACCUUACGGUGGAGGAGGGUCAGAGGUUAAAGGUCAUCUACGGCUCCUGCUCAGGCUUCCAUGCUGUGGAUGUGGACUCUGGUGCUGUCUAUGACAUCUACCUGCCCACACAUGUAAGAGCUCACCUCUGACUCCGAUCACAGCCCCUUUUUUCUUUUUACAUCUUCAACCUUCUCCUUUUUUCUCUCCCUCAGAUCCAGACCAGCAUCCAGUGCCAUGCCAUCAUCAUUUUGCCAAACACUGACGGGAUCGAGCUGCUGGUUUGUUACGAGGACGAAGGCGUCUACGUCAACACCUACGGUCGCAUCACCAAGGACGUGGUGCUGCAGUGGGGAGAGAUGCCAACUUCAGUGGGUGAGUUUGGCCGAAAGAAUCUAGGUCAGGUCCUCUGGAAGCUCAGAAGACUCUUUGAGUAGUUACGCUAUUGUCCUCCUGUGUGUCUGCAGCCUACAUUAGGUCAAACCAGAUCAUGGGCUGGGGUGAGAAGGCCAUAGAGAUCCGCUCAGUGGAGACGGGCCACCUGGACGGCGUCUUCAUGCACAAGAGAGCCCAGAGACUCAAGUUCCUUUGUGAGAGGAACGACAAGGUGAGGACCAGGGAUGUGAUGGUUCUUCUAUCAUCAUGUAGGCCCACAUUCAUGGGUGUCUCUUUAACCCACCUGGUGUUUUUUGUUUCGCCUCCUCCUGUCAGGUCUUCUUCGCCUCUGUGCGUCAAGGCGGAGCCAGUCAGGUGUACUUCAUGACCCUCGGCCGCACGUCCCUCAUGAGCUGGUAGCAGACGCGACGACCACACCUUAGCAGAGACCAACAGAAGACGAUUGUGACUUUGACCUACAACCAUGAAGAAGAAGAAGAAGAGACGCACUGAGAGCAAACUAACAACAGACCGGACUGUGAUCCUCUGUAAGAGGCGAGGGAUUGGUGUGUGUGAGUGCGUGAACAUCCGAAACCCCCACCAGCCUCCAGGUUUUUCUCACCUUUAACCUUUGAGCCGAUCCCCUCCUCCUCCACCUCCUCCUCUUCGUCCUCCUCUUCUUCUGCAGAGCGUCUGUCGAUGGUAAAUCUUUCUGUGUCAUAGUAAAACUUUGCAUUGUGUUAAGUGUGUGAACAGAGGGAACACUUGAGCAUGUGAAUGACUGGCGAUUAGAGGCUAAACGCGUCUGAAGAAGGCGAAAAACUGAACGUGUGUUAAGUCCAGGUUCUGUUCAGGUAACUCCUCUUCCUCCCACCGUAGAUUUCAAUUAACACUUAGCUCACAGCCACCGUUUUCCUCCUUUAAAUAACGCCUGACGUGUAAAUCUGCCUCUGUGUCUUCACUUUUUUGCCUUCUCCUCCUUAAAGUGAAGAUUUUUUUAAGGGACCUUUUCUUGAUAUAUCCAUAAAAACAGGGUACUGGAUAUCAGCUUGUACAUACGAACUACAUGCCUCACGUACUGUAGGUGAUGUCGGACAGAUGUAGCCCUGUUCAUGGCAGCAUGUUGCUCUCGUGUUAUUGACACAGAUUAGCCCCAGUUUUUCAGACACUGUAUAUUUUAUAUGUGACUCGCUGCACAGAAACAAAGCAGAAGACAAAAGAAACUAAAAAAAAAGGGGACGGUUCGUGACGUCAGAUAAAUACUGCACUGGUGCUGGACUGAAGUGACGCUUUUAAAAGAACCAAAUCUGGAGCCUGACUCGUGGUAUAGUUCGAUGAAAUUAUUGUGCUGGUGUUUAUCUUUGUGCAGAACGUAAAAUCCAAAAAUACGUUUUUAAAGUAAUUUCCAAAGAGUAUCAUUGCAGAGUUUGUCCAGUAGGGGCGCUGUGGCUCGUUCGCAUGCAGCAGGAAUAAGAACAAAAAACUUUUAUUUAGUUAUUUAAAGAAGCAACUCUGAGUGCUUUUGCAUUCCCACUUAACUGAUAUAAAAGUAUGUGUGGAAACUACUCCUUUUUAAAUCCAUGGCUUGUAAAAACACUUUUCCUGGCUGCAAAGCGAUGCAGACAUGUCGCAGAGAAUCAGGCGUAUACAUGAGUAAGUCUUCUCACGAAUGUCGUAUUCUUGCAAAACAGACAUUUUUAAAGGUCUCUGAUGUUUUUAGUGCGAAUUACAUCCCAUAUCAGCGGCGAUCGUGCUAAGAAUUUCACAUUUGAGAGGCUCCACCGGAUAGAUCUCGGCUCUCUCCAGCUGCAGAAUACAGCUGAAAGAAGUCCUCAAAGACGGCUUUAAAAAAAACAAAACAGAAAGUUGCAGUUGAAGCGGUGUUUAUAACCAGAUACUGCUUCGAUAAAUACGCUGGCUCUGGGUAAAUUUUUGUCGACGUUGUGAUUUUUCCACUUUGUGCUACUUUGAGUGACUGCAGGUCUGUCUUCUUAUUCUCGACUUCAACAGAAAAGGCACUAAUGCAGAGUUUAGAUGACGUGAUGAACCCGCCUGCUUUUUCAGUUCUCAUGAUGUAAUGCACCCAUUGAUGAGUUUUAAAGGACAAAUCCACCUUAAAUGUCAUGAAUCCGUGAAAACGCUUUGGGCUAAAAUGAAUUCUGUGUCUCAUCAUCAUCAUCAUCAUCAUCUUGAAGUCUGCACUCUCUUCUCUCUACUGGAAUGGUAAAAAUCACACAACAGCACCCUGAAAUGUGAGCAUCAUCUCCUGAAACGAGGUGGAUUUCUCCUUUAAUGACCGGAUUACGUAGGGCUAGCAUAAACUGUGAAUUAGCAGAAUUAGCAGGUGGCCGUUAAGGUAGCAUGGAAGUGACGGUAAAGGGAACGAAGGCGGUAUGCAAAGAGAAGAUCUGAAGCCCAGUUUCACCUCCUCACUCGGUCAUCUCUUUACAGUUGCCUUACAAGGAUCUCCACUUCAAACCCCCUUUUAGGAUUUUAGGUUUUAUAGUGACGUUUGUAGGAAUAUCCGCCUCUAAACCAGCCAUGUGAUUCAAUAUUGGACCUCUUUUUGCCAUUUUGGGCUUCAGACCAGAAGUUAACUGGAUCAUUCUCCGUUUUUUUCAUCUCUUCAUCUUCCCUUUUAACCCCAAAUGAGGAGAAAAAUCAACCUGAGACACUCUCCCUCCACUGUUUAAUCGAUUCUGCAGCCACAUGCAUGUACGAAUGAUCAAAGUCCGACUACAGGACCCCCCCCCUUUUCCCGUCGAAACACCUCAAUCCUGCUCUUGUAAAGAUGUUGCCUUCACUGUCUGAGGAAAAAGAUGCAUUCACUGUCUGCAAAGAAGGCAAAAGUCACACGUUCUUAUAGCAGUGUUAGAAAACCACUCCAGACGGCGCCAGCUAAGGGGCAUAUUUUUAACUCUGACUUAGUUUUUAGUCUCGUUUCUGCAAUUUUUAUUAUGUAACCCUUCGGAUAAGUAUGCGACUGCAGUGGUUUUUAAAUUGUUAUGCACACCUUAUGUUGAAAAUGUUUACAGAAGCAAUUGUUUUGUUAAACCAAUGUGCAUCGAUAUGAAUAUUUAUGGUUUAUUUUGAGGGCAGUUUCUCCCUGUUUUUUGUAUUUUGUAUUAUUCCCUUUUUGUACUAUCAUUUAGACGUUUGUGUACAGGAAUAAUCUACUUUUCGCUCACGUUAUGAAUUACACGCGUCUCGAGUGUGAUCUCACUGAUUCCUAAUACAUCCUGCAUCGUGCACAGUGUGCCCCUGGCCGCGUGGCAGCGUGGAUUAAAUGUUUUCUACCACCAGGUGCCAGGUGACAUGUUUCUCCCCUCAAACGUCUCUCUGCCAUGCCUCUCUAAUUUAUGUCCUCUCUGUGUGUACUAUGGGAAUUACUGUAUUUUCCUGAAGGUCUUUUUUUCCAUUGAAUAAAAUCAGAAGUAAUUUACAGUGUGCUGUCAUUAUUUUAUGUGCAGAUUGAUUUACAGAAAGUUUAUUCAAUUUAAUUUAAUUUUUUUUUUUGAUGUGGCAAGAUGCUUUUAUUUUGAAAGACAAAACUUCCCAUUUCUCUACCUGA